AUGACGUCGGUGGGCGGAAACCGAGCCCGAGGUAGCUGGGAGCAGCAGACGCAGACAGGCCAGACACAGAGCCAGACACAGCACAAGCAGAGGCCUCAGGUUGGUACCCUGCUGCUCACACAGGAUGUCAUGCACUUAGUCACCACACACACUGACUCAACAGCUGAUGCAUUGGUUUUCAUGGUGAAACAACUUGGAAGUGGUUCUGGAAGGUUUUACAUUUGCGUGUGUCCCACAUGGCACCCUAUUUCCUGUAGUGCACUACUUUUGACCAGAGCCCUGUGGUCAAAAGUAGGGCCGGGACGAAACCAGUAUUGCGAUACACAUUAGUAUCAUGCAAGGAAACCCAACACGAAGCAGAUUUAACUUCUUUAGGAAAACAGCCCUAAAGUUGGAAACAAACAUCUUGUCAUCCAAUCAAUAGCACACAAUAUUUUACAUACAGCAUGUUUUUAAAGGACCAAAGAGACUGGUCUGCUUCGUGUUUUCAUUUUUGCCAUGGAAAAAACAUUGCAAUACAGCCCUAGUCAAAAGUAGUGCACCAUUUUAGGGAAUAGGGUGCCAUUUCGGGUGCACCCACUGACCCAACAGCAGAUGCUUUAAUUUUCAUGGUGCAACGCCUUAGUUGGAAGUAGUUCUCAGUGUUUUCCACAGGUACCUGGAGUAGCCAGCCAAAUAGAAAAAGUAGCCAGCCAGGCCUCCCCUCGGUUAAACAUUUAUUUUGCCGCCCGACCUAUAUUUUGGUGGCCUCUGGUACAUUCUAUGCCUUGGUUCCAUCUGAAAUACACAGCAAAAUUAUUGAAUACUUUUUUAAAUCUGGGAGGUAAAUUUGAUAAAUGUGUUGUGAUAUUGUGUGUAGAAGGACAUGACUUUACACUUUUUUAUUACUGAAAAUGUAUGAAUUCAUUGUUUUGUUAGUAGUUUUGGAUAUCGCCUAGGCCUAUAUGAUCAGUAUACUGAACAAAAACGAAAAACACAACAUGUAAAGUGUUUCAUGAGCUAAAAUAAAAUAUCCCAGAAAUGUUCCAUACUCACAAAAAGCUUAUUUCUCUAAUUUGUUUACAUACCUGUUAGUGAGCAUUUUUCCUUUGUCAAAAUAAUCCAUCCACAUGACAGCUUCAUAUCAAGAAGCUGAAUAAACCGCAUGAUCAUUACACAGGUGCUGGGGACAAUAAAAGGCCACUCUACAAUGUGCAGUUUUGUCACACAACACAAUGCCACAGCUGUCUCAAGUUUUGAGGGAGUGUGCAAUUGGCAUGCUGACCGCAGGAAUGUCCACCAGAGUUGUUGCCAGAGAAUGUAAUGUUAAUUUCUCUACCAUAAGCCGCCUAGAACGUCGUUUAAGAGAAUUUGGCAGUACAUCCAACCGGCCUCACAACCGCAGACCACAUAUAUACCCACGCCAGCCCAGGACCUUUACAUCUGGCUUCUUCACCUGCGGGAUCGUCUGAGACCAGCCAGCUGGACAGAUGAUGAAACUGUAGGUUUGCACAAGAUGAUAAUUUCUGCACAAACUGUCAGAAACCGUCUCGGGGAAGCUUAUCUGCGUGCUCAUCGUUCUCAUCAGGGUCUUGACCUGACUGCAGUUCGGCGUCGUAACCUUUUUCAGUGGGCAAAUACCUUCGAUGGCCACUGGCACACUGGAGAAGUGUGCUCUUCAUGGAUUUAAUCCCGGUUUCAACUGUACUGGGCAGAUGGCACACAGCGUGUAUGGCGUUGUGUGGGCAAGCGGUUUCCUGAUGUCAACGUUGUGAACAGAGUGCCCCAUGGUGGUGGCGGGGUUAUGGUAUGGGCAGGCGAACAACGAACACAAUGGCUACGGACAACGAACACAAUUGCAUUUCAUCUAUUUCAAUUUGAAUGCAUAGAGAUACCGUGACGAGAUCCUGAGGCCCAUUGUUGUGUCAUUCAUCCGCCGCCAUCACCUCAUGUUUCAGCAUGAUAAUGCACGGCCCAUUUUGCAAGGAUCUGUACAAAAUUCCUGGAAGCUGAAAAUGUCAAAGUUCUUACAUGGACUGCAUACUCACCAGACGCGUCACCCAUUGAGCAUGUUUGGGAGGCUCUGGAUUGACGUGUACGACAGUGUGUUCCAGUUCCAGCCUAUAUCCAGCAACUUCGCACAACCAUUGAAGAGGAGUGGGGCAAUAUUCCACAGGCCACAAUCAACAGCCAGAUCAACUUUAUGCAAAGGAGAUGUUGCGCUGCAUGAUGGUCACACCAGAUACUGACCGGUUUUCUGAUCCAUGCCCCUACCUUUUAUUUUUUAGGUAUCUGUGACCAACAUAUGCAUAUCUUCAUUCCCAGUCAUGUGAAAUCAAUAGAUUAAGGCCUAAUUGAUUUAUUUCAAUUGACUGAUUUCCUUAUAUGAACUGUAACACAGUAAAACCUUUGAAAUUGUAGCAUGUUGCGUUUUAUUUUUGUUCAGUGUAAAAUAACAUUUUAUUGACCCAUAUUUUACCAGGUAAGAUGACUGAGAACAUGUUCUCUUUUACAACAAUGACCUGGGGAAUAGUUAAAGUGGGAGGAGAGGGGAUGAAUGAGCCAAUUGGAAGCUGGGAUAUAUGCUCCUAAAAACCAAUGACGAGAUGGGAGAGGCGGAACUUGCAGCGCAACAAGUGUCAAAAAUAGAACAGAGUUCUAUUUUAGAUCCUGGCUACGCAGACGCUCAAGAGCAGUUUGGAUGAAAUUAUUGAAUAACAUGUAUGUGUACAUUUUAUUUUGCAACGCACGCGAACGUAACGCGAGCGGUGGGGUCAGCAUCUCAGUGGAUUUUUGACUCAUUGUUACCACUAAGGCUACAUUACAUGGGACAUGCAAAUUCGGGGCUAUCCGCUGACCUUUUUUUAUUUUUUUUACAACGAGCACAUUUAGGAGCAGACUUUUUAAAAAAAAUAUAUAUAUUAAGAAAUUACAAAGUUAAAUUUGUUUUGGGGGUGUUCAAUAAAGUGCAAUGUACCCUCAUAUUUGACUGCCUUGAGUGAGACACAUGUUAAAUCAAAUUGUAUUGGUCACAUACACAUAUUUAGCAGAUGUUAUUGCGGGUGUAGGGAAAUGCUUGUGUCCCUAGCUCCAACAGUGCAGUAAUAUCUAACAAUUCCCAACAAUGCACACCUCAAAGUAAAAGACUGGAAUUAAGAAAUAUAUAAAUAUUAGGACGAGCAAUGUCGGAGUGGCUUUGACUAGAAUACUGUGUGUGUGAGAUAUAUAUAUAUAUAUAUACACAGCUCUGGAAAAAAUUAAGAGACCACUGCACAAUUAUCAGUUUCUCUGAUUUUACUAUUUAUAGGUACAGUGGGGAAAAAAAGUAUUUAGUUAGCCACCAAUUGUGCAAGUUCUCCCACUUAAAAAGAUGAGAGGCCUGUAAUUUUCAUCAUAGGUACACGUCAACUUUGACAGACAAAAUGAAAGAAAUACUUUGUUAUAUACCCUUUGUUGGCAAUGACACAAGUCAUCACACACUGUUGCUGGUAUUUUGGCCCAUUCCUCCAUGCAGAUCUCCUCUAGAGCAGUGAUGUUUUGGGGCUGUCGCUGGGCAACACGGACUUUCAACUCCCUCCAAAGAUUUUCUAUGGGGUUGAGAUCUGGAGACUGGCUAGGCCACUCCAGGAUCUUGAAAUGCUUCUUACGAAGCCACUCCUUCGUUGCCCGGGAGGUGUGUUUGGGAUCAUUGUCAUGCUGAAAGACCCAGCCACGUUUCAUCUUCAAUGCCCUUGCUGAUGGAAGGAGGUUUUCACUCAAAAUCUCACGAUACAUGGCCCCAUUCAUUCUUUCCUUUACACGGAUCAGUCGUCCUGGUCCCUUUGCAGAAAAACAGCCCCAAAGCAUGAUGUUUCCACCCCCAUGCUUCACAGUAGGUAUGGUGUUCUUUGGAUGCAACUCAGCAUUCUUUGUCCUCCAAACACAACAAGUUGAGUUUUUACCAAAAAGUUAUGUUGGUUUCAUCUGACCAUAUGACAUUCUCCCAAUCCUCUUCUGGAUCAUCCAAAUGCACUCUAGCAAACUUCAGACGGGCCUGGACAUGUAUUGGCUUAAGCAGGGGGAGACGUCUGGCACUGCAGGAUUUGAGUCCCUGGCGGCGUAGUGUGUUACUGAUGGUAGGCUUUGUUACUUUGGUCCCAGCUCUCUGCAGGUCAUUCACUAGGUCCCCCCGUGUGGUUCUGGGAUUUUUGCUCACCGUUCUUGUGACCAUUUUGACCCCACGGGGUGAGAUCUUGCGUGGAGCCCCAGAUCGAGGGAGAUUAUCAGUGGUCUUGUAUGUCUUCCAUUUCCUAAUAAUUGCUCCCACAGUUGAUUUCUUCAAACCAAGCUGCUUACCUAUUGCAGAUUCAGUCUUCCAAGCCUGGUGCAGGUCUACAAUUUUGUUUCUGGUGUCCUUUGACAGCUCUUUGGUCUUGGCCAUAGUGGAGUUUGGAGUGUGACUGUUUGAGGUUGUGGACAGGUGUCUUUUAUACUGAUAACAAGUUCAAACAGGUGCCAUUAAUACAGGUAACGAGUGGAGGACAGAGGAACCUCUUAAAGAAGAAGUUACAGGUCUGUGAGAGCCAGAAAUCUUGCUUGUUUGUAGAUGACCAAAUACUUAUUUUCCACCAUAAUUUGCAAAUAAAUUCAUAAAAAAUCCUACAAUGUGAUUUUCAGAUUUUUUUCCCUCAUUUUGUCUGUCAUAGUUGACGUAUACCUAUGAUGAAAAUUACAGGCCUCUCAUCUUUUUAAGUGGGAGAACUUGCACAAUUGGUGGCUGACUAAAUACUUUUUUUCCCCACUGUAUGUGUUUGGGUAAAAUUGUACUUUUUUUUUUUAUUCUAGAAACUACUGACAACAAUUCUCCCAAAUUCCAAAUAAAAAAUAUUGUCGUUUAAAUAAGUUACAAAUAACGCUAAGAAACACACAUGAUAGCACAAUUGGUUAGGAGCCCGUAAAACGGCAGCCAUCUCCUACGGCGCCAUUAUAGAUCUCUCUGGAAGGAGAUUCUCACCCUGAGCUCAUCUACUUUAUUGUCCAGGGGCUGAACAUUUAGUGAGUAAUAUACACUGCUCAAAAAAAUAAAGGGAACACUAAAAUAACACAUCCUAGAUCUGAAUGGAUGAAAUAAUCUUAUUAAAUACUUUCUUCUUUACAUAGUUGAAUGUGCUGACAACAAAAUCACACAAAUGAAUCAAUGGAAAUAAAAUGUAUCAACCCAUGGAGGUCUGGAUUUGGAGUCACCCUCAAAAUUAAAGUGGAAAACCACACUACAGGCUGAUCCAACUUUGAUGUAAUGUCCUUAAAACAAGUCAAAAUGAGGCUCAGUAGUGUGUGUGGCCUCCACGUGCCUGUAUGACCUCACUACAACGCCUGGGCAAGCUCCUGAUGAGGUGACGGAUGGUCUCCUGAGGGAUCUCCUCCCAGACCUGGACUAAAGCGUCCGCCGACUCCUGGACAGUCUGUGGUGCAACUUGGCGUUGGUGGAUGGAGCGAGACAUGAUGUCCCAGAUGUGCUCAAUUGGAUUCAGGUCUGGGGAACGGGCGGGCCAGUCCAUAGCAUCAAUGCCUUCCUCUUGCAGGAACUGCUGACACACUCCAGCCACAUGAGGUCUAGCAUUGUCUUGCAUUAGGAGGAACCCAGGGCCAACCGCACCAGCAUAUGGUCUCACAAGGGGUCUGAGGAUCUCAUCUCGGUACCUAAUGGCAGUCAGGCUACCUCUGGCGAGCACAUGGAGGGCUGUGCUGCCCCCCAAAGAAAUGCCACCCCACACCAUUACUGACCCACCGCCAAACCGGUCAUGCUGGAGGAUGUUGCAGGCAGCAGAACGUUCUCCACGGCGUCUCCAGACUGUCACGUCUGUCACGUGCUCAGUGUGAACCUGCUUUCAUCUGUGAAGAGCACAGGGCGCCAGUGGCGAAUUUGCCAAUCUUGGUGUUCUCUGGCAAAUGCCAAACGUCCUGCACGGUGUUGGGCUGUAAGCACAACCCCCACCUGUGGACGUCGGGCCCUCAUACCACCCUCAUGGAGUCUGUUUCUGACCGUUUGAGCAGACACAUGCACAUUUGUGGCCUGCUGGAGGUCAUUUUGCAGGGCUCUGGCAGUGCUCCUCCUGCUCCUCCUUGCACAAAGGCGGAGGUAGCGGUCCUGCUGCUGGGUUGUUGCCCUCCUACGGCCUCCUCCACGUCUCCUGAUGUACUGGCCUGUCUCCUGGUAGCGCCUCCAUGCUCUGGACACUACGCUGACAGACACAGCAAACCUUCUUGCCACAGCUCGCAUUGAUGUGCCAUCCUGGAUGAGCUGCACUACCUGAGCCACUUGUGUGGGUUGUAGACUCCGUCUCAUGCUACCACUAGAGUGAAAGCACCGCCAGCAUUCAAAAGUGACCAAAACAUCAGCCAGGAAGCAUAGGAACUGAGAAGUGGUCUGUGGUCACCACCUGCAAAACCAGUCCUUUAUUGGGGGUGUCUUGCUAAUUGCCUAUAUUUUCCACCUGUUGUCUAUUCCAUUUGCACAACAGCAUGUGAAAUGUAUUGUCAAUCAGUGUUGCUUCCUAAGUGGACAGUUUGAUUUCACACAAGUGUGAUUGACUUGGAGUUACAUUGUGUUUAAGUGUUCCCUUCAUUUUUUUUGAGCAGUGUACUUUGAAGCGGUGGAUGGUGUGCACUCCUCCAGAUUCGGACUAGAAGUCCACUCCGAAUACCUCUGGGAUAAGUUAAAUUACCUUGGGGUGUAUGAACAAAGGAUCCAAUUCUGGAAAGUAGUAUCUCUGGUCUGAAUGCUGGCGAUUUACCGGCUCUCUGAUAUCCAGUAGUUAUUUCAUGCUGUAUGUAAUGACACAAACGUUCUGGGUUAAUAAUGUAAGAAAUAACACAAAAAAUACUGCGAAGUUGCUUAGGAGCUAGAACCAGAGCUGACAUGUCAUGUCUUUUGGCACCGUCUUAGACAUGUCUGACAGAGAUGAGUCUCUUACAUCCCUUUUGCUAGUAGCGGUUGAGCAAGCUCAAACUAACAAGGACAGUCACACUUUAGUAGACUUUUGGGUAAAUUCGACCAACUUCUAUGCCUGUGCACUUCUAAAAAUGAAUCUUUCAGCACUUCACUGUUGCUGCAUGCGAGUUGGUGUGUGUGUGUAUAUAUAGGACUCUAGUUCUUUGCACAGAAAUAAAUGGUUCUUUGUGUGAUUAGCUACCAGCUAUGAAAAAAAACGGCACAAAUAUUCUAAAUAGCUACGGCAGAAAUUUGUUUUGGCUAGAAAUCAUAACACUCAUACUUGCUCAUACUUUUUCAGUUCGCACACAUUUUAAGGCAUUCGGAAAGUAUUCAGACCCCUUGACCUUUUCCACAUUUUGUUACGUUACAGCCUUAUUUAAAAAUGGACUAAAUAGUUGUUUUUUCAAAUCAAUCUACACACAAUAGCCCAUUAUGACAAGGCAAAAACUGGGUUUUAAAAAUGUUUGCAAAUAUAUUAAAAAUAAAAAACUGACAUUUACAUAAUUAUUCAGACCCUUUACUCAGUACUUUGUUGAAGCACCUUUGGCAGCGAUUACAGCCUGUAGUCUUCUUGGGUAUGACGCUACAAGAGUGAGAGUCCUUUAGGUGCCUUUUGGCAAACUCCAAGCGGGCUGUCAUGCCUUUUACUGAGGAGUGGCUUCCGUCUGGCUACUACCUUGAUUGGUGGAGUGCUGCAGAGAUGGUUGUCCUUCUGGAAUGUUCUCCCAUCUCCACAGAGGAACUCUGUCAGAGUAUCCAUCGGGUUCUUGGUCACCUUCCUGACCAAGGCCCUUCUCCCCGGAUUGGCCAGGUGGCAAGCUCUAGGAAGAGUCUUGGUGGUUUCAAACUGCUUCCAUUUAAGAAUGAUGGAGGCCACGUUGUUCUUGGGGACCUUCAAUGCUGCAGAAUUUUUUUUGGUACCCUUCCCCAGAUCUGUGCCUCGACACAAUCAUGUCUUGGAGUUCUACAGACAAUUCCUUCAACCUCAUGGCAUGGUUUUUGCUCUGACAUGCUCUGUCAACUGUGGGACCUUAUAGACAGGUGUGUGCCUUUCCAAAUCAUGUCCAAUCAAUUGAAUAUACCACAGGUGGACUCCAAGUUGUAGAAACAUCUCAAGAAUUAUCAAUGGAAACAGGAUGCACAUGAGCUCAAUUUCGAGUCUCAUAGCAAAGGGUCUGAGUACUUAUGCAAGUAUUUCUGUUUUUUAUUUAGAAUACAUUUGUAAACCAGCAGUGUUUUGCUGUCAUCACUAGGUUUGUGACUGACAGGGCGGCAGAGUUCUGUACGAUUUUAUGUUGUCAGGAUCACCCACUUGUGGAAUUGUAUGACUUGGGGCUCUAUCCAAUCUGUGUCGCUGAACGUUAGAUUGUGCGUUAGAAAUGUAAAGGUCAUUUCUGAUUAAGCAGUCAUGCAGCGUUUACCGUGAAUGCGGUCUCCGCUAACGCAGGAAUAUUGCCUUUAAAUUUCACUCACACGGUAACUCUAAACUACCGCGAUACGGAUUGAAUAGAACCGUUAUUGUUUGUUUGAUAGUGAAAAGCUAAAGGUGGUACCGAAUCAAUACUUAAUGGGUGGAUAAGACUGUCAUUGAGAUUUACAGAAGAGCCACUUUUAAACGACUUUGGUGACUCAGAAGUUGAUGUUCCACCCUUUUUCCACACAGGCCACUGCUGAGCAGAUCCGACUCGCGCAGAUGAUUUCGGACCACAAUGAUGCUGACUUUGAGGAGAAAGUCAAGCAGGUGAGAACAUGGCUCGCCCUUCAUCACAUGUAGCAUCCCACUGCACUUUUAGACCUCUUUUGCUGCCUGAAGGGAGGUCCGUUACAUUGGUGUACAUUUCAAAGAGAUCUAGUAUUGUCUGAGGGUUUCCAUUUGAGGAAAAUGUGGCGCCAGACAACGUGUCCGGGAAGAUUUUAAUUUACCAACCAUUUGAGAAAUGUACUUGACCCAUAUGCAUUUGGUGCAUACCCAUUAAGGCGUCCGCCCACUGUGCUCAGAAUGAUAAAUCACAUUUAGAUUAUGGUAAUGCAUCUUAACAGAACAUGCAACUCAUGUAAUGAAGCAGCCAAUAAAACGUAACUUUCAAACAUUUGCCAAAGUCCAAUUUGCGGUAGAGAAGAGCGCACCUGGGAAAACACCAUUCUAAACAGCGCACCUGAUAGCGGUUCCAUAUGUGACAGAUGAAAAUCUCUGUUAGAAACUUAGAGGGGGAAUCUAAAGAUGCAACAGCUAGGAUGGGUUGCUAAUAUGACUAGGCUUGUGCCUUUGGCUUCUAGACAAUGAAAAAGUUGAUAAGAACCAGUAGAACAUGAGAGAUGGCAUAGUUAUGGGUCCAAUAGGGAACUAAAUAGAAAUACAUUUGCCAAUGUUAUAUAAUUACUCCUGUCUAUACAGAAAUAAGUCAUUCAGAAUACUUCACCAGAAAGUAUGUCUUAGCCAAAGAGGAAUCGAGUAUCAUUAGCGUCUUUAAAAAAAUAGCUGUGGAUUGUUUAAAGUCACAAGCUCGUGGGCCUAUGCCUGUUUGUUAAGCCCUCAAUUUGGGCAGCGCACGUGGCAAUAGGCCUAGCUCAUUGAGUUGCGAAUGUCAGUAAAAAGCAUCUAAAACAUGUGUGAAGAUAAUCUCUUGAGUAUAAUUUAAAAUGUUGAGACAAGAAGGGGAGUGGUGUGUGGCAGAAUUGCUCAGCUCCCGCCAAUUCUUGCGCUUUCAUUGUUUCAUUGUGCGAAUUGUUUGCCCUUGAUUUUUGUUUUGAUCAAUUCCCCAUUACAUAUGUCACCAGGAGUAAAUGUACCGUUAAUCCCCGUAAUUUGGUUACAUUAAUUUCUCGUAAUGCAUGUUAGCCAAUUACCGUUCUCAUUCUGAGGGGAAACGUUGUUUGCAGUAUUCACAACCUGCUACACUUGUGAUAAACCAGUUUUGGUUUAUUUCAUAACCCUCAUCUACGAGAUUUGUAAAAAAAAAAAAAUGCGCCUGAACACGCAUAGAAGUACCUGGCCUGCUGCACGGAAAUGUAGGGAAUGUUUUAUUUUUUUUAUUUUUAUACAUGCAUUGCGAAUGAUAUAUUAAAACUAUAGUUCCUCACAGUAAGCUAUUUGAAUAAUCUUUACAACAAUCUCCCCCUCGAUAAUCACCAAUCGGUGUGAAAGAGCAAUGGAAGCCUACUGCUGCAUUUCCAUUCUCUCUUAUCUUUAGCCGCCAAUGGAUCACAGGGACUCAAUGUGUCCAUAUGGCAGAAGCUGGUGAUCUCGCAUUAGUUGACUUUUAGAUUUGUAUCAUUUUGAUUCAGAUUUUUAUGAUUAACCACAUGACAAUACUUUUGAGAAACAAAAACAAUAUUAUUGAAAUGAAAAUGUACAUAUGAAAAUCAUAACUGGCAAUUGUGAGCUUCCCCAAACUUGAAACUCACGCGCGCCUAUGAAGUCUUUAUAAAAGAAUUGCCUCCACAUUUCCAUGGUUGGAUUUUACCUAUAGGGUACUUUGAAGCAAGGGAAGACAUACCUCAUAAUAUGAAAUAAAACAUUCAGGUUUCAAACAAUUUAAGUGUUUUCAAAAUGCAUACUGCCUCCAGCUCACAUUGUAAAGUGGUGGGUGAUGAGCUGAUAGCCUGUUGCCUGCACUUGAAUUGUCAAUAUGCUUAUAAAAGCGCAUGUUUUACGCUAGCAGCAACCAGCUGAAGAAAUCCUGCUCAAAAUAGGCUCUGUUUGCGUAUGAUAGUUGUUGGAUAAAUAAGAUGCAUGAUGACUAACGAAAAUACACAGGACAAUUUUUGAUUCCACUAAAUUAUGCAAAUGAACCUAUAGACCUAUAAGCAUGAUGGUCAAAUGUAUUUCCAUCGACUGGUAUUUCCAUCAAUGAAUAAAGCAUUGCGAUUUAUUUUUUCUCGCAGACAUUUUGGCCGCCAACUGUUUUAUUUAUCGACCUUUAAUUUAUUGGCCAAAAGCAGCCAAAUGCCAGCUAACGGAAACCCUGUAGUGUCCUCACUUGUAGCGUCAAACCACCUUUAGCCUCUUUUGCUCUGGUCUGCUAACUAGAGCUUAGCUUUACUUCACUGCUUGAAGUAUAAAUGCAUCAAAGAAGCGUUCCUUAACACUCUGGGGAAUUGGCCUAUGUGGAUAGGGCUAUAUUGAAAUAUUUCUUACAGAAUAAAUAUGAAAUGCAUAAGCAUGGUAGCAAUUGAAACGGAACAAUUAGGAGAUUAUGGGAAAUUAUUAGACAAGUUGAGGACACAACAGGUUCACCUGACACAAGACUGAAUCCAAACGUUGUAUUUACAUUUCUAGUCAUUUAGCAGACGCUCUCAUCCAGAGCGACUUACAGUUAGUAAAUACAUUUUUUUUUUUUUAUACUGGCCCCCCGUGGGAAUCGAACCCACAACCCUGGCGUUGCAAACGCCAUGCUCUAUCAACUGAGCUACAUCCCUGCCGGCCAUUCCCUCCCCUACCCUGGACGACGCUGGGCCAAUUGUGCGCCGCCCAUGAGUCUCCCGGUCGCGGCCGGCUGCGACAGAGCCUGGAUUCGAACCAGGAUCUCUAGUGGCACAGUUAAGGCACUGCAUCGCAGUGGCACUGCAUCGUUAAGGCACUGCGCCACUCAGGAGCACAGUGUACUGUUAUGUGGAUUUUACAUUUAUUGUACUUUAGCCGCAUUUGUUUAACGAAAUGUGAAAAUACUCGAUUUGUUCAGUAACAUAACAAUAUUCCUGGAAAAUGUGGGCAAGGUGCAACAUAAGACCAAAAAAUGACAAGGGUUUGACAGAGAACUAACUGGUGUCUCCAAGUGGUGCCACACCUCUCCAAAGUGUGCACAUUUCCUAAGUAAUUUCAAUGUACUUUUAUUACUCAAAGAAGAGUCUUCAACUGUAAGGUGCUUUUUUUGAGCUGUCCUAGCUGUGCGGGUGAGGAACUAGAGCAAGCACACUUGUAGUUUUGUUUGGAACACAACCCUACAUCCCUGCAAUCACACCUAUUACUUUUUACUCAAUCCAAAAACGGACGAUUUUAAAUCGGGUCAGGUGGGCAUGUUCUGUUGAAAGCUUGUUCUGUUGCCAAUAUGACUAAGUUAUAAAAUACAGUCUUACAGUGUUAGGCUUUCACAAAGCAAUUCAGAGAUACUGAUUGUAAUUUUGGUGCGCAUAGGAGUCAUGAGUGCAUUCAGGUGUGCGUUCCGUGGCAUUUUUUUCUUCACAAUAGACAAACAGGCUCAUUCUAUUCAGAACAACCCAGGGUAUGAUGCCAUGUCAUCUUGUAACUGUACAUCAGACAUAGUAAUGAUAAAUGUUGACAAUGUGUAUGGCAUGAGUUUAAUGAUAUGGAAAUGUGAAGUGCACAUUUGGACGGGUGUUUGGCUUGUUUGUAUUACAUCAAAGUGGUAUUUGUUAUAAUAGUAUUGUCUCUCAAAAUACAUAGAGUCCUCUUAAUUUACAGCACUUCCCUCAUUGGGACAACAAAAAAGUGCAAAUGUUACCCAAUUAGCAGGAGGGAUGUGGGCAACUUCUUGUCGCAUGUGUUGCUCUGUAGCUCAGCUGGUAGAGCACGGCGCUUGUAACGCCAAGGUAGUGGGUUCGAUCCCCGGGACCACCCAUACACAAAAAUGUAUGCACGCAUGACUGUAAGUCGCUUUGGAUAAAAGCGUCUGCUAAAUGGCAUAUUAUUAUUAUUAUUAUUAUUAUUAUUUUGUUCAAGUUCAGAACUUCUGUCAGUCAAAAUCCAUAUAGCACUGUGAAGCAUAGAGCCUGAGCUCUGACGUAAUUUAUAGCAUGUUACUGUACAGCCACUGCGUUCCAAUUUAGGUGCUUAUCAGUGCCCAAAUCUGCCAUUUUCAACCCGUAUAUCGGUACGAGUGUAAAGGGUUACAUUGCAAUAUACUCACUGAAGAUUUUCAUCCGUUUCCCCCGUCCAGCUGAUUGACAUCACAGGCAAGGACCAGGAUGAGUCCAUGAUCGCGCUGCACGACUGCAAUGGAGAUGUCAACAGAGCCAUCAACGUGUUGCUGGAGGGUAGCCCAGAUACUGUGAGUUUUUCCUGUGUCAAGGCUUAGUAGUUGGGCCAAAGGGAGGGAGUAAACACGGUUACCCAUCUAGCUCACUACAGGGCGAAUCCUAACUUCCACUUAAGUCUAAUUUUAAUUUAGUCAUGCAUUCAUGUCAGUGGGAGACAUAACAUAAUCAAACUGAACCCUCUCGGUCACCUCACCUGUCUUCUCAGGAUUCUUGGGAGAUGGUGGGGAAGAAGAAAGGAGUGUCUGGUCAGAAGGAGCUUGGCCAGGCCGAGACCGGAGAGGAAGGAAAGGAGAACAGGGAGAGGGGAACAGAGAGGGACGUGGCACGUCGUCGAGGUGGGGCCCCACGCAGGGGCCGAGGGGCCAGCAGGGGACGAGAGUGUGAGUAGAGAUCACAUGCCUUUGCAUUAGGGUCAUGGGAAGUGACACUGGCACACCAGUGUAGACCCUUUGUAGCUCCUGCCCUUGUCAAACCUAAUUUCUUGGCCUACAUUUCUUGACUCCACAUGCAUCUGUUUUCCCUCACUACCUCUAAUGCACGUUCCCUCCUCUCAGUCCGUGGACAGGAGAAUGGUCUGGAUGGAGGAAAGGCUGCUGGGAUAGCAGGCAGGGGCACAGAGCGAGGCCACAGGGGGAGAGGCAGAGGAAGAGGUAAGUCUCUCCACUAUAUACAGUGCAUUCGGAAAGUAUUCAGACCCCUUGACAUUUUCCACAUUAUGUUACAGCCUAAUUCAAAAAUUGAUUAAAUCGUUUUUUCCCCUCAUCAAUCUACACACAACACCCCAUAAUGCCAAAGCAAAAACAGGUUUUUAUCAAUUUUAGCAAAUAUUACAUUUACAUAAGUAUUCAGACCCUUUACUCAGUACUUUGUUGAAGCACCUUUGGCAGCGAUUACAGCCUCGAGUCUUCUUGGGUAUGACGCUACAAGCUUGGCACACCUUCAUUUGUGGAGUUUCUCCCAUUCUUCUCUGCAGAUCCUCUCAAGCUCUGUCAGGUUGGAUGGGGAGUGUCGCUGCACAGCUAUUUUCAGGUCUUUCCAGAGAUGUUCAAUCGGGUUCAGGUCCGGGUUCUGGCUGGGCCACUCCAGGACAUUCAGAGACUUGUCCUGAAGCCACUCCUGCGAUGUUUUGCCUGUGUCCUUAGGGUUGUUGUCCUGUUGGAAGGUGAACCGUCGCCCCAGUCUGAGGUCCUGAGCACUCUGGAGCAGGUUUUCAUCGAGGAUCUCUCUGUACUUCGCUCCAUUCAUCUUUCCCUCGAUCCUGACUAGUCUCCCAGUCCCUGCCGCUGAAAAACAUCCCCACAGCAUGAUGCUGCCACCACCAUCCUUCACCGUGCCAGGUUUCCUCCAGACGUGACGCUUGGCAUUCAGGCCAAAGAGUUCAAUCUUGGUUUCAUCAGACCAGAGAAUCUUGUUUCUCAUGGUCUAAGAGUCCUUUAGGUGCCUUUUGGCAAACUCCAUGUGGGCUGUCAUGUGCCUUUUACAGUGGAGAGGCUUCCGUCUGGCCACUCUACCAUAAUGGCCUGAUUGGUGGAGUGCUGCAGAGGAACUCUGGAGCUCUGUCAGAGUGACCAUUGGGUUCUUGGUCACCUCCCUGACCAAAGCCCUUCUCCCCAGAUUGCUCAGUUUGGCCGGGCGGCCAGCUCUAAGAGUCUUGGUGGUUCCAAACUUCUUCUAUUUAAGAAUGAUGGAGGCCACUGUGUUCUUGGGGACCUUCAAUGCUGCAGAUAUUUUUUGGGACCCUUCCCCAGAUCUGUGCCUCGACACAAUCCUGUCUCGGAGCUCUACGGACAAUUCCUUCGACCUCAUGGCUUGGUUUUUGCUCUCACAUACACAGACAACUGAAGGACCUUAUAUAGACAGGUGUGUGCCUUUCCAAAUCAUGUCCAAUCAAUUGAAUUUACCACAGUUGGACUCUAAUCAAGUUGUAGAAACAUCUCUCAGGGAUGAUCAAUGGAAACAGGAUGCACCUGAGCUCAAUUCCGAGUCUCAUAUCAAAGGGUCUGAAUACUUAUGUAAAUAAAGUAUUUUUGUCUUAUUUUUAAUACAUUUGUAAAAAAUUCUUACCCUGUUUUUGUGGGGUAUUGUGUGUAGAUUGAGGAUUUGUAUUUAUUUAAUCCAGUUUAGAAUAAGGCUAUAACGUAACAAUGUGGAAAAAGGGACGGGGUCUGAAUACUUUCCACUGUAAUAUGGCCCGUUGAAAGAAUAGUAGUUUCCAUGGGUUUCGGUGUGAAGAGCUGUUGGUUGGACUCCUGAAACAAGGUCUCAACAUAAACUAAGGCUAAUGCCCCCUCGAGUGUCAAAACAAAGAUGUCAUAGCAUUCCAGGGCUCCAGACUAACCUUUUACCCUGGUGGCACUGGUGCCACUAACUUUUUCAGUUGGUGGCACCAGCCCAUGAUUUUUGUCGCAUCAAACAUUUUUUGUUUCGUCACACAAUAUAAAUAAUUGGUUCUUACAAAGUCACUCCCAGUUUUGUAUUAAGUGUAAAUACACUACUGAGAUGGUAUUCAAUAUAUUUUUAUGUGCACCCUAAUCUCGUGAUUGUCAUUACAUUUUGGGUUGACAAUUAGGCCGUUAUAUUUUAAUAUCAAAAUAGGGCUCCAAAAUGUUCUUAUUUUUUGUUGUUGAUUAAUUUGCCUACAUCUUUAUGUGCACUAAUAUCACAGGCUGAUUUAAAUUUGGGGCUAAUUCAACACCUGAGAAAGUGAACUCAAAACACAUUAGCUAGAUAUAACUCUAAAUAUAAUACCUACUGGUAGUAGCAAUGUAUUAAUCUAACGGUACAUUUGAGGCAUGUUAUAUUUAAGCAAUGAGGCUUAUAUGCACUCGCGAUGUCCUGUGCGCAUUUUGCAUGCUCCGUAGCUCAACGACAUAUCAGAUAUCUUGAUUGUAAAACCAUGUGCUAUUUGCUCAAUAUUGAUGUAUUACAAUAAUGUACUUUACGGUUUCACCAAAUCAUGGUUUUAGCUGCCAAAAAAAGAAGACUUUGGAAUGAGGUGACCAGGUAGAAUGUGCAGCUUGCACCAAUUCCACCAAAUAAACAUUUUACUCUCACAGCCAAAUAAAUGGUUGCAGUCUGGAGCCCUGCAUUCUAUUUCAGUUGUAGGGCGCGCGAUAACAUGCUUAAUGUGCAUUCAAGCCGGCAAAUGUUCCACAAGGGACAAUGCAUUGUAUUUUCUGUAGUUAUGUUUUUGUCAAUAGUGUAACUUGUCUCUCUCUCUCUAGGGGGAGAGCGGGAGCGAGGCAGGCGAGGGGGCAGGUUUUCAGCGCAGGGCAUGGGGUAAGUGAACACCUGUGCUGCUCACAGAGAGGGAUUUAUGUUCCCUCUUACCUGUUGCCAUGGUCACCAGAGAGCAGGACCUCAGCCUAUUGUUGAGGCUUAAUACAUUGGCCAAAUCAAGUUGAAAUGCGAGGGCUGUACAUAAACCCUUACGUAACUCCACUGAGCUCUUUUGUCUCUGAAUAACAGUCAAAUAUAGAUAGACCCACACCAUAUCUGUAACUCAAUGGGUGGGCAUUGAGAUUGUUGCACAUAGGGUUCUGCUCUGUGUCUCUGGCAUAUGGUGUGUUCUAGUUCCUUGUCCUUCCGUUUGGGUUAAAUGGGGCACAGGUUUGUGUGCGUGAGUUGUAUGUUUUGUCUGUCAGAAUGCAUUGUCUCACCUAACCCUGGUCAUUGAGUGCCCUAGAUGUCAUCACAUAGGAAGUGGUUAGGCCUAUAUACUAUAUAAUUGCUUUGACGAUGCUCACAGUGACAAGAUUGUAAACAGCCCUUUAAACCAGCUUUGAUAUUGAGUAGUAUCAAAUUCACUCUACAUAAGACAUAUUAGUGUAUCUUGUAUGUCACUUUGUAUUUCAUUAUAAUGAACACUUAGUUGGCAAUAUAAUUCCUCCUAGGUGUUAGGACUAGCAUUAAGCCCCAGUGAGAUGACACAGCCUACUAUUUCUAGGGUUGUCAAAGACCAGGCUUUGUGGGGUUUAGAUGAGUGGGCGCUGCUAGUGUGGGCUCUUUCCAAGGGGGUGCAAAAACGAUUUCUCAAAGUAGGGCUGGACGAUAUGGCCUAAAAAUCAUAUCUACAUUUUUUCCAAACUUAUGGGCGAUUUCUGUAUAUACACUGCUCAAAUAAAUAAAGGGAACACUUAAACAACACAAUGUAACUCCAAGUCAAUCACACUUCUGUGAAAUCAAACUGUCCACUUAGGAAGCAACACUGAUUGACAAUACAUUUCACAUGCUGUUGUGCAAAUGGAAUAGACAACAGGUAGAAAUUAUAGGCAAUUAGCAAGACACCCCCAAUAAAGGACUGGUUUUGCAGGUGGUGACCACAGACCACUUCUCAGUUCCUAUGCUUCCUGGCUGAUGUUUUGGUCACUUUUGAAUGCUGGCGGUGCUUUCACUCUAGUGGUAGCAUGAGACGGAGUCUACAACCCACACAAGUGGCUCAGGUAGUGCAGCUCAUCCAGAAUGGCACAUCAAUGCGAGCUGUGGCAAGAAGGUUUGCUGUGUCUGUCAGCGUAGUGUCCAGAGCAUGGAGGCGCUACCAGGAGACAGGCCAGUACAUCAGGAGACGUGAAGGAGGCCGUAGGAGGGCAACAACCCAGCAGCAGGACUGCUACCUCCGCCUUUGUGCAAGGAGGAGCAGGAGGAGCACUGCCAGAGCCCUGCAAAAUGACCUCCAGCAGGCCACAAAUGUGCAUGUGUCUGCUCAAACGGUCAGAAACAGACUCCAUGAGGGUGGUAUGAGGGCCCGACGUCCACAGGUGGGGGUUGUGCUUACAGCCCAACACCGUGCAGGACCAAGAUGAGAUCCUCAGACCCCUUGUGAGACCAUAUGCUGGUGCGGUUGGCCCUGGGUUCCUCCUAAUGCAAGACAAUGCUAGACCUCAUGUGGCUGGAGUGUGUCAGCAGUUCCUGCAAGAGGAAGGCAUUGAUGCUAUGGACCGCCCGUUCCCCAGACCUGAAUCCAAUUGAGCACAUCUGGGACAUCAUGUCUCGCUCCAUCCACCAACGCCACGUUGCACCACAGACUGUCCAGGAGUUGGCGGAUGCUUUAGUCCAGGUCUGGGAGGAGAUCCCUCAGGAGACCAUCCGCCACCUCAUCAGGAGCAUGCCCAGGCUUUGUAGGGAGGUCAUACAGGCACGUGGAGGCCACACACACUACUGAGCCUCAUUUUGACUUGUUUUAAGGACAUUACAUCAAAGUUGGAUCAGCCUGUAGUGUGGUUUUCCACUUUAAUUUUGAGGGUGACUCCAAAUCCAGACCUCCAUGGGUUGAUAAAUUUGAUUUCCAUUGAUAAUUUUUGUGAUUUUGUUGUCAGCACAUUCAACUAUGUAAAGAAAAAAAGUAUUUAAUAAGAUUAUUUCAUUCAUUCAGAUCUAGGAUGUGUUGUUUAAGUGUUCCCUUUAUUUUUUUGAGCAGUGUAGAUAGAGUAUAUGUGUGUGUACACCCCUUCAAAUGUGUGGAUUCGGCCAUAUCAGCAACACCCGUUGCUGACAGGUGUAUAAAAUCAAGCACACCGCCAUGCAAUCUCCAUAGACAAACAAUGGCCUUACUGAAGAGCUCAGUGACUUUCGACGUGGCACCGUCGUAGGAUGCCACCUUUCCAACAGGUACAUUCGUAACAUUUCUGCCCUGCUAGAGCUGCCCCGGCCAACUAAGUGCUGUUAUUGUGAAGUGGAAACGUCUAGGAGCAACAACGGUUCAGCCACGAAGUGGUAGGCCACACAAGCUCACGGAACGGGACCACUGAGUGCUGAAGCGCGUAGUGCGUGAAAUCUUCUGUCCUCGGUUGCAACACUCACUACCUUGGUCCAAACUGCCUCUGGAAGCAACGUCAGCACAAUAACUGUUAGUCGGGAGCUUCAUGAAAUGGGUUUCCAUGGCCGAGCAGCUGCACACAAGCCUAAGAUCACCAUGCGCAAUGCCAAGCGUCGGCUGGAGUGGUGUAAAGCUCGCUGCCAUUGGACUCUGGAGCAGUGGAAACGCAUUCUCUGGAGUGCUGAAUCACGCUUCACCAUCUGGCAGUCCGAUGGACGACUCUGGGUUUGGUGAAUGCCAGGAGAACGCUACCUGCCCCAAUGCAUAGUGCCAACUGUCAAGUUUGGUGGAGGAGGAAUAAUGGUCUUGGGCUGUUUUUUUUUCACGGUUAGGGCUAGGCCCCUUAGUUCCAGUGAAGGGAAAUCUUAAAGCUACAGCAUACAAUGACAUUCUAGACGAUUCUGUGCUUCCAACUUUGUGGCAACAGUUUGGGGAAGGCCCUUUCCUGUUUCAGCAUGACAAUGCCCCUAUGCACAAAGCGAGGUCCAUACUGAAAUGGUUUGUCAUUCGGUGUGGAAGAACUUGACUGGCCUGCACAGAGCCCUGACCUCAAAUCCAUUGAACACCUUUGGGAUUAAUUGGAACGCCGACUGCGAGCCGGGACUAAUCGCCCAACAUCAGUGCCCAACCUCACUAAUGGUCUUGUGGCUGAAUGGACACAAGUCCCCGCAGCAAUGUUCCAACAUCUGGUGGACAGCCUUCCCAGAAGAGUGGAGACUGUUUAUAGGAGCAAAGGGGGGACCAACUCUUAGACAGCUAGCACCCGAGCUGGCGCAGCGGUCUAAGGCACUGCAUCUCAGUGCUUGAGGCGUCACUACAGACCCCCUGGUUCGAUUCCAGGCUGUAUCACAACCGGCCGUGAUUGGGAGUCUCAUAGGGCGGCGCACAAUUGGCCCAGCAUCGUCCGGGUUUGGCCGGUGUAGGCCGUCAUUGUAAAUAAGAAUAUGUUCUUAACUGACUUGCCUAGUUAAAUAACGGUUAAAUAAAUAAAAAAUUAAUUAAAAAGUCUGUAGCUAAAAUGUUGCUAGCGUACAUGGUACUGCAAUGCUGCGCGUGACAAACUGAGCAUUAAUUUUCAAAAUGUUCAUUGAUACACUCAUCUUAGUACGGUCUGUUCUAAAAUGUGGGAGUUGAGACCUAAAAAGGGUGUCGUUACAAAGGUUUCGUUUCCUCUAGAGUAAAAUGUCUAAUGGUUUUUUGGUGUCCAUAUGACCGAUUUUUUUAAAAAUAUAUAUUUUUUUACCAAACCUCAAAUGCAAAUAGCGUGUUGAAACUGCUUGUCAGAGAGGAAGAAGUGAUCUUUAGUUUCUUUGUUGUUGUGGGUGGCAGGGGGAGGAGCUUGGAGUCUGUGUGCGAGUGGGAAGGUGCACAGAAGGAGCGAAGGAGAUCUUUUUUUUUUUUUUCGCGAUUCUUGCGAUACCGGCAUUUGAAACAUUGCGCUAAAACAUACAUUCAAAUUAAUAAUAUAUAUCGCCCAGCCCUACCUCAGACAAACCUGCAUGUUAAUUUCAUCCCUUUGAAAUAAUUAAGUCAUUUAUCUCCGACGCACCUGGUUUGUUGGACAUGAAAGAAAGAUGAGCUGAUCAUAGAAUACUAAAUAAAGAAGAAAAAAAUACUUAAGUCCUUAACUUGUUUCAACUUGUAAAUAUUAUCUUAAUGUUCUACGGUUUAAUAGGGAGACGUUAGAGGAGAGGGGGCAAUGCCUUUGCGGUGGCAGAACGGCUUGUGUAUGUGUGCGCAAGUUUGGCUUUGUCCGGAUAGCCUCUAACCUGGAGCGUGAGUGAGCCAGCGCCAUAGGCUUGCAUAGAUGGACAGCCAGGCAGUUUGUUGCGUUGUCCCCAACAUGUCUCUCUCUUAGGGUGUGUCGCUUCCGCUGCUGCUCUUGUGUGGCCUUUGGGAGCCUGUGUUUGCAGUUUGCAUGAGUGUGUUCUGUUGGUUCUAACUGUGCAUCCUGUCCUGAUCAUAAUGCAAUUAUUGUUACUUAUGGAACACAGUUUUCAGUUUGAGUGUUUGUUUGGCAGCCCUGUUUCCCCUUUGUUAGUGUACCAGCUACACCUAUAGAAAGUGACUAUGCCCCAACAAUGUAGUGCUCAGAUAAUGUGUGUUGCAGAAGUGUGAGUGUAGUAACUUGUCCAUGCAUGUGAUUUCCUUACAUUCCUCUGUAAAAUAAUGAAUAGUCUAAAACCACACACUGCAUCCCCCACUGUCCCCGUUGUGCUGCUUGUAAUCGUUGCUGUUGUUUUUCCUCUAAAGCCAGAUUGAUAAGGGGCCCAGAUAUGAUUUUUCAGGAGAAGAGAGGUGAGUGCACCACCACUGGUGUGUCAAUCUUGCUAUCUGUUGGGGGGGAACAUUCUGCCAAAUGCCACGAGAGAGAGGAGGAUGGAGAUAGACACACAGGAAGCAGGGUAUCAGGGCAGACUAAACCGAAAUGACAUGCACCCUGGUAACACGGAAUUAAAUGACAGCUGUCUUUUGAACGUCGAGGGUAAACCUGUUCACACAAGCCCCAUUAGAAAUCAUAUCAAGUGUAUUGGUUGUGUACACAGUUGAGGGGGAAAAAACUAUUUCAUCCAUUUUAGAAUAAGGCUGUAACGUAACAAUGUGGAAAAAGUCAAGGGGUCUGAAUACUUUCCGAAUGCACUGUAAAUAAAUAUGCAGUGUAUAAACACUAACUAAAAUGCAAUGUACAGUAGUGCAAAUAUUAGAAUAAGCUAUGUUGGGUGACCAGUGGCUCACUCAACAGUCCCUCCCUGCCAAUUUACAGCACCCCUGUUAUUGUUGGUUCUCAUCGGGAGCUAGUCAAACGUGAAUAGUCUGAAUUCCAGUCAGAUCCUCGAAACUUCUGAAGUCAGUCUAAACUGCACUAGGUUGUAGUGCACUGUACAACUUGUAGCGCCGCACCGUCUCUAGCUGAGCCUGAAAGAAGCAAGAGAACAGUUAUUUUAAGGAUAUGCUUUUUUCUUUUGCUCUAUAAUUCUCUGAAGCCAUGACGUGAUAUGAUGCGUUGAAAGAUUUGUGGAAGACGUUAAGUUUUUUUGCCACCGCCCACAGUGCCAGAGAAAGAGUUGAGGAAAAAUGAAGCACUGCCUGGAUUAUUUCCCAUUCCUUGGUUUUCCUCCAGUCUUUUUGAAUCUGUUCGCCUGACAUUGCUCAGAUGAACAUUGUCUAACUGCGACACAUCAGAUCUCCUCAAACACUUCCUCUCCUAUCUCGCUGCUUGCUUACUUCCUCCUUUACUGUAUAUCCCCCCCAGUCAAAUGUUCCCGUUGGUAGACCCAUAAGAAGUGGUUGUGCUCAAAACCACAGCUUCUUCUCUCUUGCAGAACGUUCAACCCGGCGGACUACGCUGAGCCGACCCAGACAGAGGAGAGCUACGGCAGGGGAAGCACCUGGAACAACACAGGCAACCUGGAGCCAGAGGAAGGAGCCAGUAAGGAACCCAACUACUGCUCAGCCCCAGUCCAAAACCACCCCAACCUAGGCCUAAACACUUCCUGUAGAUCUGCAAGAUGGUGUGUUAGAAAGAGAGUGUUAGCAAGAUGGUGGAAUGUCCAUCUAGUUUAUCUAGAGCCAGAGGAAGGAGCCAUUAAGAAACCAAGGUACUGCUUAAUCAAAAACACUCACUAGACACUUUCUGUAGACCUGAAAGAAUCAGACAGAUGGGUGGUCUAGUUGUGUUAAUAACUAGUAACUGUCCAUGGGGUCUGAUGGGGCUUAAUCUGCUUGUCUUGGGAAUGAUCUGAGGUAUACUACGAUGCAUGCUAGAUCUAUUCAGUGUUUUUUUUUAAAAAGCUGGCCAGCUUCAGUUAUUUUAUUACUUAUUGUUAAUGCCGUCUUUGGUGUGCUUAUCAAUGCACGAGCACCUUUUCCCCACUCCUAUCGAUUUUUAAGUAAUUGUAUUAAGUCAUACAAAAGUUUUACUGUGUGAAGUUUCAAAUGCAUUCUUUCAUCAAUAAAUGUGUAAUGUGAUAAGUAUUUUAAUAGGGGUGUAACGGUUCGGUACGUAUUGCGGUUUUGGGGUCAUGUUUCGGUACAGCGGGAGAAUUAAAUGCCAUUCACAAUGUUCCUUGCAUUGUCUGUUGUGACCGGAUCAUUAUGUUGGGCCUCACGUUUCCACGCUGAUGCUGCGUUUGUAAUCAUGUGGGAGUAAAUACCAGUUGGAUGCAUUCAUGUGAUUUGAACUCAUUGAGAAACCAUAUGGUGUCAACCAUAAACUAAAGCAGGGCCUAACAUUUUACUUUUUGGUCCACCAUCCACUGUGGCAGGUAGAUACAAAAAAAUAAUAUCAGCCACUCAUAUAUUUUUACCAGCCAAAAUAUUUUAGCGCCAUAAUUAAAUAAAAAAAGACAAACAGAUUACCAUGCUUUGUAAUGUUUCUAAAACAAUAAAUGUAUUAGUAAGAAGUAAUGUGGUAUAUUGCUCAAUUUCAUAAAUUUUUUUGUGAUCCGAGUCUUUUAAUCUAAAUAUCAGAGACAAAAUGUUCAAUGCCCCUUUUUAAAGGCGGGAGGUUACCGUGGUAACGGGGCUACUCAAGUCCUGUCGUGUGUGUGUGUGUGUGUGUGUGUGUGUGUGUGUAAGAGAGAUGUGUGAUCUUUAUCAGUUGAAGCAGCAGACUAAGACUAAUGUUGAAAGAAAAAAAACAGUUUAAGAACAAAACAAUGUAAAUGGCCAAGAAACAGGAGGACAAAGUCUCACUUUGUAGACUUUUGAGUAAAUUAGACCGUCUUUUUUAUGCCUGUGCGCAGCGCCUCCAAAUAUGUAUCUAUCAGCACUUCACUCAUUGCGCACAGCUUUCCUGCCAGGCAGUGUUUCUGCGCGAGGUGGGAUAUAGGAUUUCUAUUUCUUUGUGCAAUUAGCAGCUCUGAAACAAAAGCAGAAAUACUACUGCAGCAUUUUUCUAACUUGCACAUGUGCUUAUACUUGACUUUUUACUUUUUAUUUGCUAAUGUAAUGCUCUCACUGUAGAGCCCUGCAAGUUGACCACAUGCCAACGUGGCUGGUGAAAUAUGCAGUACAUUCUUACCUGCCAAUAUCUAAAUCUAAACAAAUUCAAAGUUUGUUUAGAUUUAGAUAUUGGCAACGACAUUGCUUUUUAUAAAUGUUUUGUUGCAUUUAACUGACAAAUGCUGUUAUAGAGACCAUUUCCUUAGUAGGUGACGUCAAAGGUCACCAUGUGGGUGCUCAGGAUGAUAGUUUACCAUUUAGUAAUUAGCAGUUUUAGGGCUGUAAAAUGUGGAUUUUUUUUCACUCUAGUGGUAGCAUGAGACGGAGUCUACAACCCACACAAGUGGCUCAGGUAGUGCAGCUCAUCCAGGAUGGCACAUCAAUGCGAGCUGUGGCAAGAAGGUUUGCUGUGUCUGUCAGCGUAGUGUCCAGAGCAUGGAGGCGCUACCAGGAGACAGGCCAGUACAUCAGGAGACGUGGAGGAGGCCGUAGGAGGGCAACAACCCAGCAGCAGGACUGCUACCUCCGCCUUUGUGCAAGGAGGAGCAGGAGGAGCACUGCCAGAGCCCUGCAAAAUGACCUCCAGCAGCCCACAAAUGUGCAUGUGUCUGCUCAAACGGUCAGAAACAGACUCCAUGAGGGUGGUAUGAGGGCCCGACGUCCACAGGUGGGGGUUGUGCUUACAGCCCAACACCGUGCAGGACAUUUGGCAUUUGCCAGAGAACACCAAGAUUGGCAAAUUCGCCACUGGCGCCCUGUGCUCUUCACAGAUGAAAGCAGGUUCACACUGAGCACACGUGACAGAGUCUGGAGACGCCGUGGAGAACGUUCUGCUGCCUGCAACAUCCUCCAGCAUGACCGGUUUGGCGGUGGGUCAGUCAUGGUGUGGGGUGGCAUUUCUUUGGGGGGCCGCACAGCCCUCCAUGUGCUCGCCAGAGGUAGCCUGACUGCCAUUAGGUACCGAGAUGAGAUCCUCAGACCCCUUGAGACCAUAUGCUGGUGCGGUUGGCCCUGGGUUCCUCCUAAUACAAGACAAUGCUAGACCUCAUGUGGCUGGAGUGUGUCAGCAGUUCCUGCAAGAGGAAGGCAUUGAUGCUAUGGACUGGCCCGCCCGUUCCCCAGACCUGAAUCCAAUUGAGCACAUCUGGGACAUCAUGUCUCGCUCCAUCCACCAACGCCACGUUGCACCACAGACUGUCCAGGAGUUGGCGGAUGCUUUAGUCCAGGUCUGGGAGGAGAUCCCUCAGGAGACCAUCCGUCACCUCAUCAGGAGCAUGCCCAGGCGUUGUAGGGAGGUCAUACAGGCACGUGGAGGCCACACACACUACUGAGCCUCAUUUUGACUUGUUUUAAGGACAUUACAUCAAAGUUGGAUCAGCCUGUAGUGUGGUUUUCCACUUUAAUUUUGAGGGUGACUCCAAAUCCAGACCUCCAUGGGUUGAUAAAUUUGAUUUCCAUUGAUUAAUUUGUGAUUUUGUUGUCAGCACAUUCAACUAUGUAAAGCAAAGUAUUUAAUAAGAUUAUUUCAUUCAUUCAGAUCUAGGGUGUGUUUUAGUGUUCCCUUUAUUUUUUUGAGCAGUGCAUGUAAACAUGGCCUACCUAUCGCUAUUGUAUUUAUUUGGUACGGUCAGAAUCGGCUUCAAAGGUCUGCUUGAAUGCAGAGGGGAGACUGUUUGUCUUGCUCCGGUAUACUGGGGUGACAUCGGCGUAAAUGUGUCAACAUAUUUGAGGUUUUGGCAGCAGCAUAGGCUAUUCUCGUUGAGCGUGGCGACAUACUGUUAACGUUUUAUCCACAACUUUCUGUCUGUUGCCGUUGUAAUCUACUGGGAAGCCAAAAUGUUCCCAAACUGGAGAUUCAAACGAUGUUGGAGGAUCCUCCAAUUCUGAUUUAUCGACCCCGCAACUCGCCAUUGUACAGAACUAGUUCCCGGGCUGCUCCUCACAAAAGGAGAGUUUUGAAAUGCACCAAUUAAGAAUAUAAUUUUCAUUACAAUGUUCACAUAGGCUCUAGUUUUAACGGAAUAGCCUGAAAAAAAUGUUUCAGCUCAGAUUUACUCGAUGCAUAGCCUAUAGGCUUAGUGUUUUUUUUAUUUUGUAAAAACAUUUGUAUAUAUUCAUUUGUGUUCAGUGCGACCCGAGGUCCCUGUACCGAACGGGACCGACUGGUACCAAUACGUGUACAGUUACACCUUUAUACAAAAAAAAAAAAAAAAUGAACACAAAAAUCAGUAAUGAAAUAUUUCAUUAGUCGUUUUCCUCAAAUGAAAGGGAAGAUGACUCAAUCUUUGCAAGAGGGAGGGAAUCUAAUUUCAUUGCUCCUCAACUCAUGGCUCAGACACUUCAUUCAGCAUAAAUGUAGUUCAGGUUAGUUCUCAAGGAUUUGUUGCUAUAGAAAUUUGCCUGCCUAAAAGGUGAGCUACUUUUGUGGUACCGGUUAUCCCGAGUUGAACUGAGAGAUGACCCAAGUUCUCGCUAACUCCUCAAACUCGGUACGUAGUAUACCCGUCUGUAGACUAGCCACAGGUCUCACCUCUCACUUCUCCUUUCUUGUAGGGAUUGAGUACUCGGCAGGAGGAGAGGGAACAAAUUACCAACCAAAGUUUGACUCUGCCCAUAGUAAGAUUGAACCUCCAUCUCCUGAGGCCCUAAACAUCACAUCUCCUUUUCUGUUUGAUGCCUGGUUGGUUUGAAACCUAAUACAGUUUGUUUGUUUCUUUACAUUCCUAUAGUUGCCUGGAGGAGCGCGACAGAAGAGUGGGGUACUGAGGACUGGAAUGAGGACGUAAGUACCUUUUUACUAUGCCUAUAUAUUGAUUUGGUGGUAUACCUAUUUGUUGUAUGACUAUAUACGAUAUACUGUCCAUAUUUUGGCAGAUCCUCUUUUGACCAGUCUUUAUUAUAUAUGACAUCAAAAUCACAUUUUAUGUAUGUUCUGCAUAUGUACCCAGAUGUUCAAAUAAGCCUGAAAACUGAACUUGGUGUUGCUUCUGCCCAAAUAGCUACAUAUCUAAGAGGCUCUCUGGCAUUAUAUAGGGAACACUUCUAUUGAAAUACUCCAGCCUUCUUCUAUAUCCUUCUGUUUGUAGUUUUAGGCUAAUGCAUUUAGUUAUGGCUUGAUCCCUUUAAUGCUGAUGUACUGAUCUUAAUCAAUUUGUCCUUUCUUUCUCUCUAGCUGUCAGAGACCAAGAUCUUCACAGCCUCUAGUGUGGCCUCCAUGCCACUCCCCCAGGAGAAUGUCACCAUCACUGCAGGACAGCGGUGGGCAGGCCUGACGCGGCAUGCAGACACCCACAGACAGUCACUCUACAGUCAUGCUAUCACACACAUACAGUGGGGAAAAAAAGUAUUUAGUCAGCCACCAAUUGUGCAAGUUCUCCCACUUAAAAAGAUGAGAGAGGCCUGUAAUUUUCAUCAUAGGUGCACGUCAACUAUGACAGACAAAAUGAGAAAAAAAAAUCCAGAAAAUCACAUUGUAGGAUUUUUUAUGAAUUUAUUUGCAAAUUAUGGUGGAAAAUAAGUAUUUGGUCAAUAACAAAAGUUUCUCAAUACUUUGUUAUAUACCCUUUGUUGGCAAUGACACAGGUCAAACGUUUUCUGUAAGUCUUCACAAGGUUUUCACACACUGUUGCUGGUAUUUUGGCCCAUUCCUCCAUGUAGAUCUCCUCUAGAGCAGUGAUGUUUUGGGGCUGUCGCUGGGCAACACAGACUUUCAACUCCCUCCAAAGAUUUUCUAUGGGGUUGAGAUCUGGAGACUGGCUAGGCCACUCCAGGACCUUGAAAUGCUUCUUACGAAGCCACUCCUUCGUUGCCCGGGCGGUGUGUUUGGGAUCAUUUUCAUGCUGAAAGACCCAGCCACGUUUCAUCUUCAAUGCCCUUGCUGAUGGAAGGAGGUUUUCACUCAAAAUCUCACGAUACAUGGCCCCAUUCAUUCUUUCCUUUACACGGAUCAGUCCCAAAGCAUGAUGUUUCCACCCCCAUGCUUCACAGUAGGUAUGGUGUUCUUUGGAUGCAACUCAGCAUUCUUUGUCCUCCAAACACGACGAGUUGAGUUUUUACCAAAAAGUUAUAUUUUGGUUUCAUCUGACCAUAUGACAUUCUCCCAAUCCUCUUCUGGAUCAUCCAAAUGCACUCUAGCAAACUUCAGACGGGCCUGGACAUGUACUGGCUUAAGCAGGGGGACACGUCUUGCACUGCAGGAUUUGAGUCCCUGGUGGAGUAGUGUGUUACUGAUGAUAGGCUUUGUUACUUUGGUCCCAGCUCUCUGCAGGUCAUUCACUAGGUCCCCCCGUGUGGUUCUGGGAUUUUUGCUCACCGUUCUUGUGAUCAUUUUGACCCCACGGGGUGAGAUCUUGCGUGGAGCCCCAGAUCGAGGGAGAUUAUCAGUGGUCUUGUAUGUCUUCCAUUUCCUAAUAAUUGCUCCCACAGUUGAUUUCUUCAAACCAAGCUGCUUACCUAUUGCAGAUUCAGUCUUCCCAGCCUGGUGCAGGUCUACAAUUUUGUUUCUGGUGUCCUUUGACAGCUCUUUGGUCUUGGCCAUAGUGGAGUUUGGAGUGUGACUGUUUGAGGUUGUGGACAGGUGUCUUUUAUACUGAUAACAAGUUCAAACAGGUGCCAUUAAUACAGGUAACGAGUGGAGGACAGAGGAGCCUCUUAAAGAAGAAGUUACAGGUCUGUGAGAGCCAGAAAUCUUGCUUGUUUGUAGGUGACCAAAUACUUAUUUUCCACCAUAAUUUGCAAAUAAAUUCAUUAAAAAUCCUACAAUGUGAUUUUCUGGAUUUUCUUUUCUCAAUUUGUCUGUCAUAGUUGACAUGUACCUAUGAUGAAAAUUACAGGCCCCUCAUCUUUUUAAGUGGGAGAACUUGCACAAUUGGUGGCUGACUAAAUACUUUUUUUCCCCACUGUACAGUGGGGAGAACAAGUAUUUGAUACACUGCCGAUUUUGCAGUUUUUCCUACUUACAAAGCAUGUAGAGGUCUGUCAUUUUUAUCAUAGGUACACUUCAGCUGUGAGAGACGGAAUCUAAAACAAAAAUCCAGAAAAUCACAUUGUAUGAUUUUUAAGUAAUUAAUUUGCAUUUUAUUGCAUGACAUAAGUAUUUGAUACAUCAGAAAAGCAGAACUUAAUAUUUGGUACAGAAACCUUUGUUUGCAAUUACAGAGAUCAUACGUUUCCUGUAGGUCUUGACCAGGUUUGCACACACUGCAGCAGGGAUUUUGGCCCACUCCUCCAUAUAGACCUUCUCCAGAUCCUUCAGGUUUCGGGGCUGUCGCUGGGCAAUACGGUCUUUCAGCUCCCUCCAAAGAUUUUCUAUUGGGUUCAGGUCUGGAGACUGGCUAGGCCACUCCAGGACCUUGAGAUGGUUUUUACGGAGCCACUCCUUAGUUGCCCUGGCUGUGUGUUUCGGGUCGUUGUCAUGCUGGAAGACCCAGCCACGACCCAUCUUCAAUGCUCUUACUGAGGGAAGGAGGUUGUUGGCCAAGAUCUCGCGAUACAUGGCCCCUUCCAUCCUCCCAUCAAUACGGUGCAGUCGUCCUGUCCCCUUUGCAGAAAAGCAUCCCCAAAUAAUGAUUUUUCCACCUCCAUGCUUCACGGUUGGGAUGGUGUUCUUGGGGUUGUACUCAUCCUUCUUCUUCCUCCAAACACGGCGAGUGGAGUUUAGACCAAAAAGCUCUAUUUUUGUCUCAUCAGACCACAUGACCUUCUCCCAUUCCUCCUCUGGAUCAAACUUCAGACGGGCCUGGACAUGCGCUGGCUUGGGCAGGGGGACCUUGCGUGCGCUGCAGGAUUUUAAUCCAUGACGGCGUAGUGUGUUACUAAUGGUUUUCUUUGAGACUGUGGUCCCAGCUCUCUUCAGGUCAUUGACCAGGUCCUGCCGUGUAGUUCUGGGCUGAUCCCUCACCUUCCUCAUGAUCAUUGAUGCCCCACGAGGUGAGAUCUUGCAUGGAGCCCCAGACCGAGGGUGAUUGACCGUCAUCUUGAACUUCUUCCAUUUUCUAAUAAUUGCGCCAACAGUUGUUGCCUUCUCACCAAGCUGCUUGCCUAUUGUCCUGUAGCCCAUCCCAGCCUUGUGCAGGUCUACAAUUUUAACCCUGAUGUCCUUACACAGCUCUCUGGUCUUGGCCAUUGUGGAGAGGUUGGAGUCUGUUUAAUUGAGUGUGUGGACAGGUGUCUUUUAUACAGGUAACGAGUUCAAACAGGUGCAGUUAAUACAGGUAAUGAGUGGAGAACAGGAGGGCUUCUUAAAGAAAAACUAACAAGUCUGUGAGAGCUGGAAUUCUUACUGGUUGGUAGGUGAUCAAAUACUUAUGUCAUGCAAUAAAAUGCAAAUUAAUUACUUAAAAAUCAUACAAUGUGAUUUUCUGGAUUUUUGUUUUAGAUUCCGUCUCUCACAGUUGAAGUGUACCUAUGAUAAAAAUGACAGACCUCUACAUGCUUUGUAAGUAGGAAAACCUGCAAAAUCGGCAGUGUAUCAAAUACUUGUUCUCCCCACUGUACAUGCAACCACAACUCCUCACCCACUCAAAGCCAUGCAUUUUUUAUCAGGUUGUGUAUCUUCACUCAAGUUCAUGUAAAACACUUAUCUUCAACAUCACCAAACUGCAGUCUAGUCAAAUGGCCAAAGUUUUCCCCCUUUACUGUGAGAUUCCAUGUGUAGAAAAUUCAAAUGUGUAAUUCAAGCACUUCUGGUGUUAUGGCUCUGAUUUUCAGCUCUGAAUCAGGUUUCAUCCACCCCAAAACGAACUAACAUACAUACAAUCGGUUUGCUAACAUGAGUCAGAACAACAUCUGUUGCUUAGACCCUGUGAUAGGCUAAAAUCCUGUCAAGGGGGUGUACUUGUACAUCAAGCUGACACGCUACAGAGGUAGUGGUGGGCUACUGCCCUAUGGGCCGUUCUGGCUUGGACAAUGCUAAUUACUUACCAUCUCUGACCUCUGCAGGAUUGACCUGGCAGUGCUGCUGGGGAAGACUCCCCCAUCCUCCUCAGAGGCAGAGGCCCAGGGCCCCAUGAAGGCCAGCCAGCCCCCCUCCCUCCCCCAGUCACUGGUCUUCAGCAACUCCAAGCAGGGUGUGCCGCUGUCACAACCCCCCUCCAGCAGCACCCCCUACACCCAGCACAGCAUGGUGAGCCCACAGGACACGCACAACGGCCUCCGCUCUAUUCUACAGUUUUAUUGACUACUUAAAGUGGAACUGACAGCGUUUUAACUACUUUGUAGAUAUGAAACAAUCAUAUCAGUAAAAAAUAUAAAAUUCCAAGUUUAUUCUUCAAAACAAACUUUAUGUUUUAAAAAUAGCUUCUAUUUGACUCAACAUUCCAUGAUGUACACAGUAAGGCAUUGUUGGCAGAAUAGAUGGCUGCAGUUCAAUGCAUGAUUUAAUAUAAUUCACCAAUACAUUUUUUGGUAGUCCAAAGAAUAUUGCCAUCAGGUUGUAAAUCACAGCUGGCCUGGUACAUUGUUUGCUGCCUUCAUUCGGGAUGCACUGUUUCAGUUUCAAAGACUCAAUAUUCUGGACAAAAACGGACGAAUGUAACUAAGCCUGGGAAUGUCAAUUAGGGCUGGGCGGUAUACCGUGUGUGUGUGUGUGUGUGUAUGUGUGUGUAUAUAUAUAUAUAUAUAUAUAUAUAUAUAUAUAUAUAUAUAUAUAUAUAUAUAUAUAUAUAUAUAUAUAUACUGCUCAAAAAAAUAAAGGGAACACUUAAACAACACAAUGUAACUCCAAGUCAAUCACACUACUGUGAAAUCAAACUUAAUCCACUUAGGAAGCAACACUGAUUGACAAUAAAUUUCACAUGCUGUUGUGCACAUGGAAUAGACAACAGGUGGAAAGUAUAGGCAAUUAGCAAGACACCCCCAAUAAAGGACUGGUUUUGCAGGUGGUGACCACAGACCACUUCUGAGUUCCUAUGCUUCCUGGCUGAUGUUUUGGUCACUUUUGAAUGCUGGCGGUGCUUUCACUCUAGUGGUAGCAUGAGACUGAGUCUACAACCCACACAAGUGGCUCAGGUAGUGCAGCUCAUCCAGGAUGGCACAUCAAUGCGAGCUGUGGCAAGAAGGUUUGCUGUGUCUGUCAGCGUAGUGUCCAGAGCAUGGAGGCGCUACCAGGAGACAGGCCAGUACAUCAGGAGACGUGGAGGAGGGCGUAGGAGGGCAACAACCCAGCAGCAGGACCGCUACCUCCGCCUUUGUGCAAGGAGGAACAGGAGGAGCACUGCCAGAGCCCUGCAAAAUGACCUCCAGCAGGCCACAAAUGUGCAUGUGUCUGCUCAAACGGUCAGAAACAGACUUCAUGAGGGUAGUAUGAGGGCGUUGUAGGGAGGUCAUACAGGCACGUGGAGGCCACACACACUACUGAGCCUCAUUUUGACUUGUUUUAAGGACAUUACAUCAAAGUUGGGUCAGCCUGUAGUGUGGUUUUCCACUUUAAUUUUGAGGGUGACUCCAAAUCCAGACCUCCAUGGGUUGAUACAUUUGAUUUCCAUUGAUCAUUUGUGUGAUUUUGUUGUCAGCACAUUCAACUAUGUAAAGAAAAAAGUAUUUAAGAUUAUUUCAUUCAUUCAGAUCUAGGAUGUGUUAUUUUAGUGUUCCCUUUAUUUUUUUGAGCUGUAUAUGUGUGUGUAUAUAUAUAUAUAUACACACACACACACACACACACACACACACACACAGUGGGGAGAACAAGUAUUUGAUACACUGCCGAUUUUGCAGGUUUUCCUACUUACAAAGCAUAUAGAGGUCUGUCAUUUUUAUCAUAGGUACACUUCAACUGUGAGAGACGCAAUCUAAAACAAAAAUCCAGAAAAUCACAUUGUAUGACUUAAGUAAUUAAUUUCUAUUUUAUUGCAUGACAUAAGUAUUUGAUCACCUACCAACCAGUAAGAAUUCCGGCUCUCACAGACCUGUUCGUUUUUCUUUAAGAAGCCCUCCUGUUCUCCACUCAUUACCUGUAUUAACUGCACCUGUUUGAACUCGUUACCUGUAUAAAAGAAACCUGUCCACACACUCAAUCAAACAGACUCCAACCUCUCCACAAUGGCCAAGACCAGAGAGCUGUGUAAGGACAUCAGGGAUAAAAUUGUAGACCUGCACAAGGCUGGGAUGGGCUACAGGACAAUAGGCAAGCAGCCUGGUGAGAAGGCAACAACUGUUGGCGCAAUUAUUAGAAAAUGGAAGAAGUUCAAGAUGACGGUCAAUCACCCUCGGUCUGGGGCUCCAUGCAAGAUCUCACCUCGUGGGGCAUCAAUGAUCAUGAGGAAGGUGAGGGAUCAGCCCAGAACUACACGGCAGGACCUGGUCAAUGACCUGAAGAGAGCUGGGACCACAGUCUCAAAGAAAACCAUUAGUAACACACUACGCCGUCAUGGAUUAAAAUCCUGCAGCGCACGCAAGGUCCCCCUGCUAAAGCCAGCGCAUGUCCAGGCCCGUCUGAAGUUUGCCAAUGACCAUCUGGAUGAUCCAGAGGAGGAAUGGGAGAAGGUCAUGUGGUCUGAUGAGACAAAAAUAGAGCUUUUUGGUCUAAACUCCAUUCGCUGUGUUUGGAGGAAGAAGGAUGAGUACAACCCCAAGAACACCAUCCCAACUGUGAAGCAUGGAGGUGGAAACAUCAUACUUUGGGGAUGCUUUUCUGCAAAGGGGACAGGACGACUGCACCGUAUUGAGGGGAGGAUGGAUGGGGCCAUGCAUCGCGAGAUCUUGGCCAACAACCUCCUUCCCUCAGUAAGAGCAUUGAAGAUGGGUCGUGGCUGGGUCUUCCAGCAUGACAACGACCUGAAACACACAGCCAGGGCAACUAAGGAGUGGCUCCGUAAAAACCAUCUCAAGGUCCUGGAGUGGCCUAGCCAGUCUCCAGACCUGAACCUAAUAGAACAUCUUUGGAGGGAGCUGAAAGUCCGUAUUGCCCAGCGACAGCCCCGAAACCUGAAGGAUCUGGAGAAGGUCUGUAUGGAGGAGUGAGCCAAAAUCCCUGCUGCAGUGUGUGCAAACCUGGUCAAGACCUACAGGAAACGUAUGAUCUCUGUAAUUGCAAACAAAGGUUUCUGUACCAAAAUAUUAAGUUCUGCUUUUCUGAUGUAUCAAAUACUUAUGUCAUGCAAUAAAAUGCAAAUUAAUUACUUAAAAAUCAUACAAUGUGAUUUUCUGGAGAGAAAAAAAUUAGAUUCCGUCUCUCACAGUUGAAGUGUACCUAUGAUAAAAAUUACAGACCUCUACAUGCUUUGUAAGUAGGAAAACCUGCAAAAUCGGCAGUGUAUCAAAUACUUGUUCUCCCCACUGUGUGUGUGUGUAUAUAUAUAUAUAUAUAUAUAUAUAUAUAUAUAUAUAUAUAUAUAUAUAUAUAUAUAUAUAUAUAUAUAUAUAUAUAUUAGUGAGGGAAAAAGUAUUUGAUCCCCUGCUGAUUUUGUACGUUUGCCCACUGACAAAGAAAUGAUCAUUCUAUAAUUUGAAUGGUAGGUUUAUUUGAACAGUGAGAGACAGAAUAACAACAAAAAAAUCCAGAAAAACGCAUUUCAAAAAUGUUAUGAAUUGAUUUGCAUUUUAAUGAGGGAAAUAAGUAUUUGACCCCCUCUCAAUCAGAAAGAUUUCUGGCUCCCAGGUGUUUUUUAUACAGGUAACGAGCUGAGAUUAGGAGCACACUCUUAAAGGUAGUGCUCCUAAUCUCAGCUUGUUACCUGUAGAAAAGACACCUGUCCACAGAAGCAAUCAAUCAAUCAGAUUCCAAACUCUCCACCAUGGCCAAGACCAAAGAGCUCUCCAAGGAUGUCAGGGACAAGAUUGUAGACCUACACAAGGCUGGAAUGGGCUACAAGACCAUCGCCAAGCAGCUUGGUGAGAAGGUGACAACAGUUGGUGCGAUUAUUCGCAAAUGGAAGAAACACAAAAUAACUGUCAAUCUCCCUCGGCCUGGGGCAGGGGGACCUGGCGGGCGCUGCAGGAUUUCAGUCCUUCACGGCGUAGUGUGUUACCAAUUGUUUUCUUGGUGACUAUGGUCCCAGCUGCCUUGAGAUCAUUGACAAGAUCCUCCCGUGUAGUUCUGGGCUGAUUCCUCACCGUUCUCAUGAUCAUUGCAACUCCACGAGAUGAGAUCUUGCAUGGAGCCCCAGGCCGAGGGAGAUUGACAGUGCUUUUGUGUUUCUUCCAUUUGCGAAUAAUCGCACCAACUGUUGUCACCUUCUCACCAAGCUGCUUGGCGAUGGUCUUGUAGCCCAUUCCAGCCUUGUGUAGGUCUACAAUCUUGUCCCUGACAUCCUUGGAGAGCUCUUUGGUCUUGGCCAUGGUGGAGAGUUUGGAAUCUGAUUGAUUGCUUCUGUGGACAGGUGUCUUUUUAUACAGGUAACAAGCUGAGAUUAGGAGCACUACCUUUAAGAGUGUGUUCCUAAUCUCAGCUUGUUACCUGUAUAAAAGACACCUGGGAGCCAGAAAUCUUUCUGAUUGAGAGGGGGUCAAAUACUUAUUUCCCUCAUUAAAAUGCAAAUCAAUUUAUAACAUUUUUGCCAUGUGUUUUUCUGGAUUUUACACUGUUCAAAUAAACUUACCAUUCAAAUUAUAGACUGAUCAUUUCUUUGUCAGUGGGCAAAUGUACAAAAAUCAGCAGGGGAUCAAAUACUUUUUUCCCUCACUAUACAUACAUACAUGCAUACAUGUGUGUACAGUCGUGGUCAAAGGUUUUGAGAAUGACACAAGUAUUGGUCUUCACAAAGUUCGCUGCUUCAGUGUUAUGAGAUAUUUUUGUCAGAUGUUACUAUGGUAUACUGAAGUAUUAUUACAAGCAUUCCAUAAGUGUCAAAGGCUUUUAUUGACAAUUACAUUAAGUUUAUGCAAAGAGUCAAUAUUUGCAGUGUUGACCCUUCUUUUUCAAGACCUCUGCAAUCUGCCCUGGCAUGCUGUCUGGGCCACAUACUGACUGAUGGCAGCCCAUUCUUGCAUAAUCAAUGCUUGGCGUUUGUCAGAAUUUGUGGGUUUUUGUUUGUCCACCCACCUCUUGAGGAUCGAGCACAAGUUCUCAAUGUGAUUAAGGUCUGGGGAGUUUCCUGGCCAUGGACCCAAAAUGUCGACGUUUUGUUCCCCGAGCCACUUAGUUAUCACUUUUGCCUUAUGACAAGGUGCUCCAUCAUGCUGGAAAAUGCAUUGGUCGUAACCAAACUGUUCUUGGAUGGUUGGGAGAAGUUGCUCUUGGAGGAUGUGUUGGUACCAUUCUUUAUUCAUGGCUGUGUUCUUAGGCAAAAUUGUGAGUGAGCCCACUCCCUUGGCUGAGAAGCAACCCCACACAUGAAUGGUCUCAGGAUGCUUUACUGUUGGCAUGACACAGGACUAAUGGUAGCGCUCUCCUUGUCUUCUUCAGAAAAAAUUAAGAGACCACUGCAAUUUUUUCUUAAAUCAGCAUCUCUACAUGUAUGACAGCCAUUCCAUUCCAGUGUCUGUUGAAUUCCAACACAGGCACACCUCAUUCUACUGAAUUAGGUACUGAUUAGGUGAUCACAUGAACCAAAUGUUAUUUAACGAGGAAAAGUAAAAACCACUGCUGUGGUCAUCACUAUCCUCUUGCAAUAGGACCAGCUGGAUGGCAAAAACAGUGCUAAUAGUACCUCAAAAGUAAUAUUAAUAAAAAAAUAACUAUUGACCAUGCCAAAAGAGUUGAAAAGGAAAGUUUUGAGUGAGGAAAAGGGUUCAAUUCUGGCUUAGGGAUACAGUGAGCGUCAGGUUGCUUCCAUCCUUAAAAUGUCAAAGAUGUCGGUUCAUAAGAACAAGGUCAAGCAGCAGACAUUGGGGACAACAAAGCUACAGACCGGCAGAGGGCAAAAACGACUCUCUACUGACCGGGAUGACCGCCAACUCAUUCGAAUGUCACUCAACAAUCGUAGGAUGACAUCAAGUGACCUACAAAAAGAAUGGCAAACGGCAGCUGGGGUGAAGUGCACGGCGAGGACGGUUCUAAACAGGCUCCUAGGGGCAGGGCUGAAGUUGUGCAAGGCUAGAAAAAAGCCCUUCAUCAAUGAGAAGCAAAGAAGAGCCAGGCUGAGGUUUGUAAAAGACCAUAAGGAUUGGACCGUAGAGGACUGGAGUAAGGUCAUCUUCUCUGAUGAGUCCAAUUUUCAGCUUUUCCCAACACCAGGUUGUCUAAUGGUUAGACUGAGACCUGGAGAGGCCUACAAGCCACAGUGUCUCGCACCCACUGUGAAAUUUGGUGGAGGAUCGGUGAUGAUCUGGGGGUGCUUCAGCAAGGCUGGAAUCGGGCAGAUUUGUCUUUGUGAAGGACGCAUGAGUCAAGCCACGUACAAGGUUGUCCUGGAAGAGAACUUGCUUCCUUUUGCUCUGACAUUGUUCCCCAACUCUGAGGAUUUGUUUUUCCAGCAGGACAAUGCGCCAUGCCACACAGCCAGGUCAAUCAAGGUGUGGAUGGAGGACCACCAGAUCAAGACCCUGUCAUGGCCAGCCCAAUCUCCUGACCUGAACCCCAUUGAAAACAUCUGGAAUGUGAUCAAGAGGAAGAUGGAUGGUCAUAAGCCAUCAAACAGGUCACCCAACAUCAAUGUGAAAGACUGGUGGAGAGCAUGCCAAGACGCAUGAAAGCUGUGAUUUGAAAAUCAGGGUUAUUCCACCAAAUAUUAAUUUCUGAAAUCUUCCUUAGUUAAAACAUUAGUGUUGUGGUGUUUAAAAAUGAACAUGAACUUAUUUUCUUUGCAUUAUUUGAGGUAGUGUUGUCAGACAUCUUUUUUGUUAUUUUGACCAGUUGUCAUUUUCUGCAAAUAAAUGCUCUAAAUGACAAUAUUUUUAUUUGGAAUUUGGGAGAAAUUGACGUUAUUUGUCGUCUUUCAGCCACGACUCGGUGAAACAUAAGAUAUUAGUUUUUAAUGUUACAUUGGUAGGAUAUACGUGCUUGUAGUUCGUCCACUUUAUUAUCAAGCGAUUGUACGUUGGCCAAUAGUACCGAUGGCAAAUGCAGAUUAGCCACUCAUCGCCGGCUCCUUAGCAGGCACCCCGAUCUCCUUCCGCGAUAUCUGACUUUUCUACUGCAAAUGACGGGGAUGAGGGCCCUGUCGGGUGUCUGGAGCAAAUCCCUCUCGUCGACUCAUUAAAUAAAAAGUAUUAUUAUUAUCAAGGUGAGUAAUCGCUUUUCUGAUGUCCAGAAGCUCUUUUCUGUCAUAAGAGACGGUAGCAGCAACAUUAUGUUCAAAAUAAGUUACAAACAAUGUGAAAAAACAAACAAAAUAGCACUGUUGGUUAACGGCAGCCAUCCCCUCCGGCACCAUCCUCCUCUGGCUAGCAUUAGUUGUUGAUCUUGUUGUUGAUGUGCGUAUAUAGGGAAAGAUGGCCUACCUUUCUAUGGUUGUUUGAUCAAUAGGACUGUAAAGUUCCCAAAUGUAAGAGGACUCGCGUGGUAUUUACAUAUUUGCAGAAAUCCAUUCGGGUGUAUUUUGUGGCUUUUGCCGAAAGCGUUCUAAUCUAAGGUUGUACUGUUGCAAGUGCCUGUAAACACACAGUCCCGUUCAAAGUAAAUGAUGACAGGACCGUGUGGCAAUUGGCUUGUUGCAUAAAGGUCUACUGUAGCUCUGAUUUGGCUAUGGCGCACCGGUCUGCAUAGACUUCGGUCCUGGACAAGACAGAUGUUUUUAUUAGGUUUUAUUUGCUGCAGUGUCUAUUAAUUGUCCAAACGCACGGCUGCUUUCCCACUCUAUAUUGCUAUAGAAUGUUCACAAAUGCUUUACUAUACGUAAUUCCUAAACAUUAGAAGAAUUUAUGAAAACAUGAAAAUGACUCGCUUGUCAAAAUGUUUUUUUUCUUUGUCAUUCUUCCUGGUGGUAUAUACAGUUCUUUCGGAAAGUAUUCAGACCCCUUGACUUUGUCCACAUUUUGUUAUGUUAGCCUUAUUCUAAAAUGGCGUAAAUUGUGUUUUUCCUCAUCAAUCUACACACAAUACCCCAUAAUGACAAAGCGAAAACAGGUUUUUAGAAAUGUUAGCAAAUGUAUUACAAAUAAAAAAACUGAUACCUUACUUGCAUAAGUAUUCAAACCCUUUGCUAUGAGACUCGAAAUUGAGGUCAGGGGCAUCCUGUUUCCAUUGAUCAUCCUUGGUGUUUCUACAACUUGAUUGGAGUCCAACUGUGGUAAAUUCAAUUGAUUGGACAUGAUUUGGAAAGGCACACACCAGUCUAUAUAAGGUCCCACAUUUCUGCAGGAUUGAAGGUCCCCAAGAACACAGUGGCCUCCAUUCUUAAAUGGAAGCAGUUUCAAACCACCCAGACUCUUCCUAGAGCUGGUCGCACGGCCAAACUGAGCAAUUGGGGGAGAAGGGCCUUGGUCAGGGAGGUGACCAAGAACCCGAUGGGCAUUCUGACAGAGCUCCAGAGUUCCUCUGUGGAGAAUGGAGAACCUUCCAGAAGGACCACCAUCUCUGUAGCACUCCACCAAUCAGGCCUUUAUGGUAGUGGCCAGACGGAAGCCACUCCUCAGUAAAAGGCAUAUCAUAGCACGCUUGGGAUUUGCCAAAAGGCACUUAAAGUACUCUGUCCUUGAGAAACAAGAUUCCCUGUCUGAUGAAACCAAGAUUUAACUCUUUGGCCUUCCCUACGGUGAAGCAUUGUGGUGGCAGCAUCAUGCUGCAGGGAUGUUUUUCAGCGGCAGGGACUGGGAGACUAGUCAGGAUCAAGGGAAAGAUGAACGGAGCAAAGUACAGAGAUCUUUGAUGAAAACCUACUCCAGAGCGCUCAGGACCUCCGACUGGGGCGAAGGUUCACUUUCCAAUAGGACAACGACCCUAAGCACACAGCCAAGACAACACAGGAGUGGCUUCGGGAUAAGUCUCUGAAUGUCCUAGAGUGGCCCAGCCAGAGCCCGGACUUGAACCCAAUUGAACAUCUCUGGAGAGACCUGAAAAUAGCUGUGCAGCGACGCUCCCCAUCCAACCUCAUAGAGCUUGACAGGAUCUGCAGAGAAGAAUGGGAGACACUCCCCAAAUAUAGGUGUGCCAAGCUUGUAAUGUCAUACCCAAGAAGACUCGAGGCUGUAAUCGCUGCCAAAGGUGCUUCAACAAAGUACUGAGUAAAGGGUCUGAAUACUUAUGUAAAUGUGAUAUUUCUGUUUCUUUUCUUUUAUACUUUUACAAACAAAACAUUUUUGGAGGGCUUUGUCAUGUGGUUUUGUGUGUAGAUUGAGAGGAAAAAAACGAUUUCACCUAUUUUAGAAUAAGGCUGUAACGUAACAAAAUGUGUGGUCUGAAUACUUUCCGAAUUCACUGAAUGAACAGAUUUUAAUAAGAUUUAAUGUUGCUAAUAUGCUGUCGGUUCCACUUUAAGUGUUCUAGCAAUAAACCAGCACAGCUGUUAUAUUCUGCUCCACACUCAUUCCUAAAACGUGCAGAAUUUCAGUUCCUCCUCUUUUGUUCCCAUUGCAGGUGAGCAUGCUAAGCAAGGGCUUCGGGGAAGUGGGGGACCCUAAAGGAGGCAGUACAGGGACGACCAGCGGCUCCCAGUUCUUGGAGCAGUUUAAGACUGCCCAGGCCUUGGCCCAGCUGGCCACCCAGCACUCCAAGACAGGACAGCCCACCCCCUCCUCUUGGGACACCAGCUCUGCAGCGCUGGGCCAGUAUGGUAAGAGGACACUCAGGGAGAUACUGGGACCAUAGGGACAGUUUGGAUGGUUGUCAAGUAAAGCAGGGGGUGUACAUAGAGGCUAGGCUAACUUGGGUUUGCAGAGAGUUAGAAAUGCCUACAUGACUGGUAUUUCUGGUUACGAAGAGGACACGUCUUAUUUGCCCUAUGCAAGGUUCAGAUAUUUGUUUUUAGACGUUUAUAUCCAUCAGGUGAAGCCCCUACCUUCCUUUCUCUAAUCACCCCCCCCCCCACAGACAUGAACGCCCAGCCGGAGCCUGCGGCCAAUAGCCCCUUCACAAAGCGCCAGCCCUACCAACCCACCUCCGUGUUGGACGCCUUCCUCCCCCCUUCCGUCUCCUCCUCCCUGCCCCCACAGAGCACCCCCUCGUCCCACAUGGCGCCCGCCGUGACCGCCCUCCCCAAGAUGGUGGUGCCCCCCCUUGGGCAGCAGGUGUCCCCUGGCUCGCCGGACGCCCAGGGCUCCAGCCCCCUGCCAUUGCAGCAGCACAAGCUCAAGCAGCAGAAGAAGAGGACCUCCAUCACCACCAAGGUAACAGCUCAACAUUGAUACAAAGUUCAAGUCAAAUUUGAUUUGCCACAUGCGCCGAAUACAACACCUUAAAGUGAAAUGCUUACUUACAAGCCCUUAACCAACAAUGCAGUUUUAAGAAAAUUUUAAAAAGUAAAAAAUAGCCGGUCAUGCUGUGCCCAACUUCUAAUUAUUUUCUUCAGGUAACACUUGCUCACUCGCAGCAAACAGUGAGCACACAUUCAUUUACUUUCAGCACUCUGUUUGCCUAACCCCUAUGUAUCCCUACAUCUCUCUACUUUUUCAUAACUUAAUUUCCUUGCUUUCUCAGACAUCAACCAUAUCUUUAUUAUAUUUUAUUCCAGAUCCCAGCGAUGCCGGUGGAGAUGCCUGGCUCGGCAGACAUUUCUGGGCUCAACCUGCAGUUUGGAGCGCUGCAGUUUGGCUCUGAACCUGUGCUCCAGGAGUAUGACAGCAUCCCCGCCACCACCACACCAGGCAGCCAGGUUCAGAACAGCCUCUACAUAAGCCCCAGCAGGUGAGCAUUCAUACCAGACACAGCUAAAUGAGUGUAAGAUGGGGUCUUGUACAACUGUAACACCACACACAGACCCAUGUGUAGCAUCGAUCACUUGGCCCCACUUGAGCUUUGAGACUGGACCCCUUCUCCUUUCUCAAAGUAGGCCAUGGCUUUAUGUAAUCUCCCUGCUUCUCCUCCUCCAGUGAGGCGACUCCCUCCCUGUCCAACCCCAGUCAGAUGGACAUAUACGACCAGAGGGCUCCCCAGGCCCGGCGCUACCCCACAGUCUCCUUCCCGCAGAAAGACAUGCAGAAUAAGGUGAGCCUCCAUUCAUUCAUUGCGCCAUUCAUAUCGCUAUGCCUCCUAGAGAUUCAUUCCUCCAGUCAUAUUUCAUUGAUUCCUAGAUAAAUGCGAAAUAAAUUGCUCUGUUCACUUUUCUUUGAACGGCUCCCUCUGUUACUGAAUGGACUGUUGCUAUGGAAACGUCUCCCCUACGUUAGUGUACCCUAACAAGCCCACCUGAACUUGUUUUUUCAGAAUGGAUUCAGUUCAAUACAGACGCAAUCUGUUGAAGGUGAGUCAUUUUGGUAGUUGUGUGGGUUUGUAGUGAAGGAAGUCUGAAUGUUGAAGUGGGACUCAGCUCAUUUCCUGGAUGUAGGUUAAGUACUCUGGAGCCAUGCCUGUUAUUUUGUGGUCCUCUAUUAGUAUUUUAUGGCUAUUCAUUCAAAGUAACCCUUAAAGGGGGAUACAGCUUGGAAUGGCAAUCUAUGGACCAUCUCCCCAAUCAGACAGUAUGUGUAUUGUAGAGCUGUCGUCCAUCUGGGUUGGCACUAAUUCCAGAAUUCUCUCGCUCCCUCUCUCCAUCUCGUCUCUGUUCAGUCUGCCCAGCUGUAGUGUCUGUGAAGUCAGCCUCAGAUUCGGCCGCACCCGCGUCAGUCUCCAUGGCUACAUUGACGGACAGUGGCUCAGGGCCCGCCUCCUUGUCGACCACAUCCAAUCAGUCAUUGCUCAGCACUCUGGGGCACAAUGAAGACCUGCCCCCGAAUACCAUGCCUCAGCACAGCAAGUAAGAUGGUACCCUGAAUGGUUUGAACGAAGGGCUUGAGUGAUAUUUUUUUCAGCUUUCAUAUUUUGUAUACAUUUCAUGGCUUACAAUAUCAGAUUACUUCAUACAGUCAGAUAUUUUAGAUGGGUCAUGUACAUUCAAGGACAUUUAUACAUUGUUAGAAGGAAGUGCUUCACAGCUCCUAGUCCCGGGGACCCAAAGGGGUGCACCACCCUCAUACACCCAACCCCAAUGAGAGGUUUGAUGGGUCCCGAGGGCCAGCACCAGCUGAGGUGUACGGACAGAUAUGGUAGCAGAUUCUCAGCGGGACCAAGCCAUCCACACAAUGGGUGCAAAUAACAACAAAAGCAACAUUAGUCAGUCAAGCAAUUUACAAGUCGAAAGGAGGGCCUUUGUAGAAGGUGUAUGAAGGGGCCCCUAGCUGGAAUUAAAGUGUAAUGUAUUUUUUCUAAUUUUAAAAAGUGAAUUAAGUCCUGCACGUUUUUCCACUCAAUAACUUGUCUCUUGCAAGGAUAGUAGAGAAAGCAAUUGCAGCCUGCACCAGCCUGGAAACCAUUAACCAAUUUUUUUCAAUUUUCGCCUAAAAUGAAGGAUAUGCAUAUUCUUGAUACCAUUUGAAAGGAAACACUUUGAAGUUUGUGGUAAUGUGAAAUUAAUGUAGGAGAAUAUAACACAUUAGAUCUGGUAAAAUGUAAUACAAACAAAAAAACAUGUGUUGUCUUAUUUUUUAUUUUAUUUCCAUCUUUGAAACGCAAGAGAAAGGCCACAAUAUAAUAUUGCAGUUUAGGCGCAGUUUAGAUUUUGGCCACUAGAUGGCAGCAGUGUGUGUGCAAAGUUCCAGAUUGAUCCAGUGAAGCAUUGCAAUACAAGUCUGCCCAAAUGUGCCGAAUUGGUCAAUUGAUACAUUUCCAAGUACAUAACUAUAGAGAAGAUACAAAAAUGAUAUGGUAAUACAAAAUGUAAGUUUACACACUCCCAGGAAUGUCAUACAUGAUGGAUCAUUAGCUUAUACACUAAGUUUCACGCAUCUAGAUGGCGGGGUGGGUGUGGAGCCAGAGACAGCAGGGGUUCAAACUGUAGAACCCAGUUCCUACUUUUUGAAUAUAAAAAAUGAUUUUAUCAAACAAAACGAUGCUACCUUUUAUCUCUGGGACCCUUAGGAUGACAAAUCAGAGCAAGAUUACUUAAUGUAAGUACAUUAUAUACCUUCAGAGGUGAAUGUAUCAAACCAGUUGCCGUGAUACGUUUCUUGUUGUGCACUCUCCUCAAACAAUAGCAUGGUCUUUUUUCCUUGUAAUAGCUACUGAAAAUUGGAUAGUGCAGUUAGAUUAACAAGAAUUUAAGCUUUCUGCCCAUAUAAGACAUGUCGUAUGUCCUGGAAAGUUUGCUGUUACUUACAACAGUCAGGCUAAUCACAUUAGCGCACGUUAGCUCAACCGUCCCAUAUACGGGACACCAAUCCCAUAGAGGUUAAACCAGUAGGUACUAGACCAAAAGGUGCCAUCAAAUCAAAGGUUAUUUGUCACAUGCGCCGAAUACAACCAGUGUAGACCUUACUGUGAAAUGCUUACUUACAAGCCCUUAACCAAAACUGCAGUAUUAAGAAAAUGGAGUUAAGAAAAUAUUUACUACAUCAACUAAAGAAAAAAUAAGAGCAACAAUAUUAGAACAAUAACGAGGCUAUAUAAAGGGGGUACCGGUACCUAGUCAAUGUGUGGGGGUACAGGUUAGUUGAGGUAAUUGAGGUAAUAUGUACAGGACCAGUCAAAAGUUUGGACACCUACUCAUUCAAGGGUUUGUCAUUAUUUGUACUAUUUUGUACAUUGUAGAAUAAUAGUGAAGACAUCAAAACUAUGAAAUAACACAUAUGGAAUCAUGUAGUAACCAAAAAAGUGUUAAACAAAUCAAAAUAUUAUAAAUUUGAGAUUCUUCAAAGUAGCCACCCUUUGCCUUGAUGACAGCUUUGCACACUCUUGGCAUUCUCUCAACCAGCUUCAUGAGGAAUGCUUUUCCAACCGUCUUGAAGGAGUUCCCACAUAUGCUGAGCACUUAUUGGCUGCUUUUCCUUCACACUGCGGUCCAAUUAAUCCCAAACCAUCUCAAUUGGGUUGAGGUCAGGUGAUUGUGGAGGCCAGGUCAUGUGAUGCAGCACUCCAUUACAUUUACACUCCAUCACUCUCCUUCUUGAUCAAAUAGCCCUUACACAGCCUGGAGGUGAAAAACAAAUGAUAGUCUCACUAAGCGCAAACCUGAUGGGAUGGCGUAUGCUGUGGUAGCUAUGCUGGUUAAGUGUGCCUUGAAUUCUGGCUUUCGCAGAUUCUGCCAUUACUCUCCUGAAGUUGCCGGUAAUAGGCUACACGAGGAGUCGGCAACCUUUCUCAUGAAUGCCAAUUUAUCUUACCACUUCUACCGAUCUGCGUGCCAGUUAUGGUUUUCAUAUGCACAUUUUCGUGAAACAAUUUCGUUUAAUUUAUAGGCAUAUAUCAAUCCUUGUCAUCUGGUUUAAUCAAAAUUCUAUAAAGAUCUAAAUGAAAAUUAUACAAACCUAAUGAAGUAACUUCUAUUGCCAUCUAUAUAAAAUUAGUCUACAUAAAGCCAAUAAAUAAAACAUUGCAGCCUGCAAGUAGAAAAUAUCCUGAUUUUAAAAUAAAUAUCUUAUAAAUCACAUUGGCAACACAUGGCCUGUCUGCAACGAGCUGUCAUCAAGGCAAAGGGUGGCUACUUUGAAGAAUCUCAAAUAUAAAAUAUAUUUUGAUUUGUUUAACACUUUUUUGGUUACUACAUGAUUACAUGUGUUAUUUCAUAGUUUUGAUGUCUUCACUAUUAUUCUGAGGCAUGAGGACUGCAGAUGUGGCCAGGGCAAUAAAUUGGAAUGUCCGUACUGUGAGACGCCUAAGACAGCGCUACAGGGAGACAGGACGGACAGCUGAUCGUCCUCGCAGUGGCAGACCACGUGUAACAACACCUACACAGGAUCGGUACAACCGAACAUCACACCUGCGGGACAGGUACAGGAUGGCAACAACAACUGCCCGAGUUACACCAGGAACGCACAAUCCCUCCAUCAGUGCUCAGACUCUCCGCAAUAGGCUGAGAGAGGCUGGACUGAGGGCUUGUAGGCCUCACCAGACAUCACCGGCAACAACGUCGCCUAUGGGCACAAACCCACCGUCGCUGGACCAGACAGGACUGGCAAAAAGUGCUCUUCACUGACGAGUCGCGGUUUUGUCUCACCAGGGGUGAUGGUCGGAUUCGCGUUUAUCGUCAAAGGAAUCAGCGUUACACCGAGGCCUGUACUCUGGAGCAGGAUUGAUUUGGAGGUGGAGGGUCCGUCAUGGUCUCGGGCGGUGUGUCACAGCAUCAUUGGACUGAGCUUCUUGUCAUUGCAGGCAAUCUCAAUGCUGUGCAUUAAAGGGAAGACAUCCUCCUCCCUCAUGUGGUACCCUUCCUGCAGGCUCAUCCUGACUUGACCCUCCAGCAUGACAAUGCCACCAGCCAUACUGCUCUUUCUGUGUGUGAUUUCCUGCAAGACAGGAAUGUCAGUGUUCUGCCAUGGCAAGCGAAGAGCCCUGAUCUCAAUCCCAUUGAGCACGUCUGGGACCUGUUGGAUUGGAGGGUGAGGGCUAGGGCCAUUCCCCCCAGAAAUGUCUGGGAACUAAUGGGGUGUCUUUGUGGAAGAGUGAGGUAACAUCUCAAAGCAAGAACUGGCAAAUCUGGUGCAGUCCAUGAGGAGGAGAUGCAUUGCAGUACAUUGUGGUCCUCUGUAGCUGAAUUGGUAGAGCAUGGCGCUUGUAACGCCAGGGUUGUGGGUUCGAUCCCCGGGACCACCCAUACGUAAAAAUGUAUGCGCACAUGACUAAGUCGCUUUGGAUAAAAGCGUCUGCUAAAUGGCAUAUUAUUAUUAUUUUUAAUGCAGCUGGUGGCCACACCAGAUACUGACUGUUACUUUUGAUUUUGACUCCCCCUUUGUUCAGGGACACAUUAUUCAAUUUCUGUUAGUCACGUCUGUGGAACUUGUUCAGUUUGUCUCAGUUGUUUAAUCUUAUGUUCAUACAAAUAUGUUAAGUUUGCUGAAAAUAAAUGCAGUUGACAGUGAGAGGACAUUUCUUUUUUUGCAGUGUGUAUAUCAGUGCCUUCGGAAAGUAUUCAGACCCCUUGACUUUUUCCACAUAUUGUUACGUUACAGAAUUAUUCGAAAAUUGAUUCAAUUCAUCAAUCUACACAAAAUACUAUUUUCAGGUCUCUCCAGAGUUGUUCAAUCGGGUUCAGGUCCGGGCUCUGGCUAGGCUACUCCUGCAUUGUCUUGGCUGUGUGCUUACGGUCGUUGUCCUGUUGGAAGGUGAACCUUCGCCCCAGUCUGAGGUCCUGAGCGCUCUGGAGCAGAGUUUCAUCAAGGAUAUCUCUCUACUUUGCUCCGUUCGUCUUUGCCUCGAUCCUGACUAGUCUCCCAGUCCCUGCCGCUGAAAAAUAUCCCCACAGCAUGCUGCCACCACCAUGCUUCACCGUAGGGAUGGUGCCAGGUUUCCUCCAGACAUGAUGCUUGGCAUUCAGGCCAAUCUUAGUUUCAUCAGACCAGAGAAUCUUGUUUCUCACGGUCAGAGUCUUUAGGAUGUCUUUUGUCAAACUCCAAGCGGGCUGUCAUGUGCAUUUUUAGAGAGGAGUGGCUUCCGUCUGGCCACUCUACCAUAAAGGCCUGAUUGGUUGAGUGCUGUAGAGAUGGUUAUCCUUCUGGAAGUUUCUCCCAUCUCCACAUAGGAACUCUGGAGCUCUGUCAGUGACCAUCAGGUUCUUGGUUACCUCCCUGACCAAGGCCCUUCUCCCUCGAUUGCUCAGUUUGGCCGGGCGGCCAGCUCUAGGAAGAGCCUUGGUGGUUCAAAACUUCUUCCAUUUAAGGAUGAUGGAGGCCACUGUGUUCUUGAGGACCUUCAAUGCUGCAGACAUUUUUUCGUACCCUUCCCCAGAUCUGUGCCUUGACACGAUCCUGUUUCCGAGCUCUAGGGACAAUUCCUUCGACCUCAUGGCUUGGUUUUUGCUCUGACAUGCACUGUCAACUGUGGGACCUUAUAUAGACAUGCCAAAAUCAUGUCCAAUCAAUUUAAUUUACCACAGGUGUACUCCAAUCAAGUUGUAGAAGCAUCUCAAGGAUGAUCAAUGGAAACAGGAUGCACCUGAGCUCAAUUUUGAGUCUCAUGGCAAAGGGUCUGAAUACUUACGUAAAUAAGGUAUUUCUGUUUUUAAGUUGCAAAAAUUUCUAAAAACUGUUUGCUUCGUCAUUAUGGGGUAUUUUGUGUAGAUUCCUGAGGACUUUAUCAAAUAUAAUCCAUUUUAGAAUAAGACUGUAACGUAACAAAGUGGAAAAAGUCAAGGGGUCUGAAUACUUUCCGAAGGCACUGUAUAUGUUAAUGCUCGACUAAAACAAUCUUGGUCGACCAACAGCCUAACGACCAAACAAUCGACCAGUCGACUAUUUGGGGUCAGCCCUAAGGAAAAAUGUACCCAUAUACAUGUUGCUUUUCCCCUGACCUUGUCUGACCCACCUGAAAUACUGAACAAUUGUAACCACCCCCCCCCCCCUCCCCCCAAUGCCUGAACCCACCAUAGGCUCAGGCCCAACCCUGGAUACCUCAUUGGCUCUGGGUCUGAGGUGCACAUUAUGCUCCCCUAGUCUCCCGACACUAACUUCAUUUAUGAGUCCAUCUUAGGUAAAAAUUAAAAGUUACAAUAACUUUUUUUUUAACGGGGAUCAUCGAUGAUAUAUUACAAUUAGAAGACAGCGGAAAAAAUAUGUACAUAAUUCAUCCAUUGAAAGCUUUUGGAGUCGGGCUCCCAGACACAAACCAGGACCCAGGACUGGGUCCAGCGCGCUUCGUAUACCAAAAUAACAUAUAGCCGUAGCUUGUCUGUUAGCCACACAUAUCGCAUUGCUAUAAGAUUGUGUAUUCCCUUAUAUAAAAAUUAUCAUAAAAAUAAAGACCAAUGGAAGAAAUAGACCAGAAGAUGUACAAGUUGAGUAAUUCUCUACUUACGCCUUCAUAAUACAACGAAAAUAGGCAUGAUAGUUUCAAUAAAUAGGGCAUGGCCCGGUAGUAUUACCUUGCACCGGUGUCUUUUUUGGUAAGGUUAUUCUCUGCUAGGAAGGCAGCGGCUUCAGCCUUGGAUACGAAGGACAACACGUUCUUUAUGUCCAUGAAGGCGCUUCUCUGCUUCUGAAUCUCCACAGAGUAUUCGGGAUCCGUGCAUUUUUAAUGCUCAGAUGGCCCUUCCCUCGAGAGUCGUAUGUGUAGUUUGUCUUGGAAUCGCAUAAAUCUUACCUAGACAUUGCACGAUGGGUGACCUGGUGCAGGGGGGCCACUUGGAGACCUGUGCACAAUUUCUAGGUCAAUUCGUGCAGGGAUACUGGAGCCGAACAGGUUGAAGAAUGCUGUAGGAUCCUGAUUUUGAGUGACAUUUGAAGAGUUUGGAUUGAACAGUCGUGGUCAAAGGUUUUGAGAAUGACACAAGUAUUGGUCUUCACAAAGUUUGCUGCUUCAGUGUUUUUAGAUACUUUUGUCAGAUGUUACUAUGGUAUACUAAAGUAUAAUUACAAGCGUUCCAUAAGUGUCAAUGGCUUUUAUUGACAAUUACAUUAAGUUUAUGCGAAGAGUCAAUAUUGGCAGUGUUGACCCUUCUUUUUCAAGACCACUGCAAUCCGCCCUGGCAUGCUGUCAAUUAACUUCUGGGCCACAUCCUGACUGAUGGCAGCCCAUUCUUGCAUAAUCAAUGCUUGGAGUUUGUCAGAAUUUGUGGGGUUUUGUUUGUCCACCCGCCUCUUGAGGAUUGACCACAAGUUCUCAAUGGGAUUAAGGUCUGGGGAGUUUCCUGGCCAUGGACCCAAAAUGUUGAUGUUUUGUUCCCCGAGCCACUUAGUUAUCACUUUUGCCUUAUGGCAAGGUGCUCCAUCAUGCUGGAAAAGGCAUCGUUCGUCACCAAACUGUUCUUGGAUGGUUGGGAGAAGUUUCUCUCGGAGGAUGUGUUGGUACCAUUCCUCAUUCAUGGCUGUGUUCUUAGGCAAAAUUGUGAGUGAGCCCACUCCCUUGGCAGAGAAGCAAUCCCACACAUGAAUGCUUUACUGUUGGCAUGACACAGGACUGAUGGUAGCGCUCACCUUGUCUUCUCCAGACAAGCUUUUUUCCGGAUGCCCCAAACAAUCGGAAAGGGGAUUCAUCAGAGAAAAUGACUUUACCCCAGUCCUCAGCAGUCCAAUCCCUGUACCUUUUGCAGAAUAUCAGUCUGUCCCUGAUGUUUUUCCUGGAGAGAAGUGGCUUCCUUGCUGCCCUUGACACCAGGCCAUCCUCCAAAAGUCUUCGCCUCACUGUGCGUGCAGAUGCACUCACACCUGCCUGCUGCCAUUCCUGAGCAAGCUCUGCACUGGUGGUGCCCCGAUCCCGCAGCUGAAUCAACUUUAGGAGACGGUCCUGGCGCUUGCUGGACUUUCUUGGGCGCCCUGAAGCCUUCUUCACAACAAUUUAACCUCUCUCCUUGAAGUUCUUGAUGAUCCGAUAAAUGGUUGAUUUAGGUGCAAUCUUACUAGCAGCAAUAUCCUUGCCUGUGAAGCCCUUUUUGUGCAAAGCAAUGAUGACGGCACGUAUUUCCUUGCAAGUAACCAUGGUUAACAGAGGAAGAACAAUGAUUUCAAGCACCUCCCUCCUUUUUAAAGCUUCCAGUCUGUUAUUCUAACUCAAUCAGCAUGACAGAGUGAUCUCCAGCCUUGUCCUCGUCAACACUCUCACCUGUGUUAACGAGAGAAUCACUGACAUGUCAGCUGGUCCUUUUGUGGCCGGGCUGAAAUGCCCGGCCACAAAAGUUUUUUGGGGGGGAUUAAGUUGAUUUUCAUGGCAAAGAGGGACUUUGCAAUUAAUUGCAAUUCAUCUGAUCACUCUUCAUAACAUUCUGGAGUAUAUGCAAAUUGCCAUCAUAAAAACUGAGGCAGCAGACUUUGUGAAAAUUAAUAUUUGUCAUUCUCAAAACUUUUGACCACGACUGUAGUAGUGCCAGUAGAUAAUGGUUCUUUAUUCAACUAAAUUGAUGGAUGAUUGUUUGUUCUCUCUCCAGUUCCCUUUCUACACAACAGAACAGUCUUGCUCUAGCACAAGUCUGCAUAUCCAGCGCCAGUCAAAUGGUGAGUGUGUGUGUGAGCGAGAAGAGAAAGCAUUUCCUGUGAUAGAGGAUUAAUCAAUUACUACUUAAUCUAACCUAGUGGGGAUUUAAUCCUAUUUAUCAUAACAAUCUCCUCUUCUCUCCAUCCAUCCCUCCUUCAUCCAUCCUUACAGCUCCAGAGCGUAGACAACUCCAGCUUGCACACCUCCUUCCCCUCUGUCUCGGCGGUGUCCUCUUCCUCGGUCCCCUCUUCCUCGUCGGUGGAUGCAGCAGCUCAUCAGGUCUCCAUGGGGGCCCCUCAGCCCUCUUCAGUGAACACAGUGUCUCAGUCGGUCCCCUCGGGCAUGGGCCCCGUCAGCAGCCUAGCGGGCAUGGGCCCCGUCAGCAGCCUAGCGGGCAUGGGCCCCGUCAGCAGCCUAGCGGGCAUGGGCCCCGUCAGCAGCCUAGCGGGCAUGGGCCCCGUCAGCAGCCUAGCGGGCAUGGGCCUCCACACAACAGCCUCCAUGGGACCUCCAGCCGUAGCCUCUGCAGCCCAAGCCCAGGCAAUCGCUUCCUCCGCCUCCUCACGCAGCUCUGUAGUCUCCUCAGGUUAGACAUGGGUUGUUGGUUAAGGGGAGUGCGUCCCAAAUGGCACCCUAUUCCCUAUAUGUAGUGCACUACUUUUGACGGGAGCCUUCAGAAAGUAUUCAUACCCCUUGACUUAUUCCUCAUUUUGUUGUUACAGCCUGAAUUCAAAAUGGAUUUAAAAAAAUAAUCUCAUCCAUCUACACACAAUACACCAUAAAAACCUCCCUGGUCACACCCCUGAGUCAAUACUUUGUAGAAUAACCUUUGGCAGCGAGUACAGCUGUGAGUCUUUCUGGGUAAGUCUAAGAGCUUUCCACACAUGGAUUGUGCAACAUUUGCCCAUUAUUCUAUUCAAAAUUCUUCAAGCUCUGUCAAAUUGGUUGUUGAUCAUUGCUAGACUACCAUUUUCAGGUCUUGCCGUAUAUUUUAGUCAAAACUGUAACUCUGCUACUCAGGAACAUUCACUGUCUUGGUAAGAAACUCGUGUAGAUUUGGCCUUGUGUUUAGGUUAUUGUCCUGCUGAAAGGCGAAUUAAUCUCCCAGUGUCUGGUGGAAAGCAGAAUGAACCAGGUUUUCCUCUAGGAUUUUGCCAGUGCUUAGCUCAUUCCAUUUAUUUUUUUAACCUGAAAAACUCUCCAGUCCUUAACGAUUACAAGCAGCAUACCCAUAACAUGAUGCAGCCACCACUAUGCUUGGAAAUAUGGAUGGUGGUGCUCAGUAAUGUGUUGAAUUGGAUUUGCUCCAAACAUAACACUUUGUAUUCAGGACAAAAAGUUAAUUGCUUUGCCACAUUCUUUGCAGUAUUACUUUAGUGCAUUGUUGCAAACAGGAUGCAUGUUUUGCAAUAUUUUUCUUCUGUACAGGCUUCCGUUUCACUCUGUCAAUUAGGUUAGUAUUGUGAUGUAACUACAGUGUUGGAUCAGUUUCUCAUCACAGCCAUUAAACUCUGUAACUGUUUUAAAGUCGCCAUUGGCCUCAUGGUGAAAUCCCUGAGCAGUUUAGUUCCUCUCCUUUGCGAGGCACUGAAAAACCUCCCUGGUCUUUGUGGUUGAAUCUGUUUGAAAUUCACUACUCGACUGAGGGACCUUACAGAUAAUUGUAUUUGUGGGGUACAGAGAUGUAGACAUUCAAAAAAUAAUGUAAAUAAUAUGAAAUUGUAAUGGUCACAUACACAUAUUUAGCAGAUGUUAUUGCGGGUGUAGCGAAAUGCUUGUGUUCCUAGCUCCAACAGUGCAGUAGUAUCUAACAACAAUACACAAAUCUAAAAGUAAAAGAAUGGAAUUAAGAAAUAUAUAAAUAUUAGGACGAGCAAUGUCGGAGGGGCAUUGACUAAAAUACAGUAGAAUAGAAUACAGUAUAUACGUGAGAUGAGUAAAGCAGAAUGUAAACAUUAUGAAAGUGACUGUUCCAUUAUUAAAGUGAACAGUGAUUGCAUGUCUAUGUACGUAGGGCAGCAGCCUCUAAGGUGCAGGGUUGAGUAACCGGGUGGUAGCAGGCUAGUGAUGGCUAUUUAACAGUCUGAUGGCCUUUGAUAGAAGCUUUUUUUCAGUCUCUAGGUCCCAGCUUUGAUGCACCUGUACUGACCCCGCCUUCUGGAUGAUAGCGGGGUGAACAGACGGUGGCUCGGGUGGUUGUUGAUCUUUUUGGCCUUCCUGUGACAUCGGUGCUGUAGGUGUCCUGGAGGGCAGGCAGUUUGCCCCCAGUGAUGCGUUGGGCAGACCGCACCACCCUCUGGAGAGCCCUGCGGUUGCGGGCGGUGCAGUUGCCGUACCAGGCGGUGAUACAGCCCGACAGGAUGCUCUCAAUUGUGCAUCUGUAAAAGUUUGUAAGGGUCUUCGAGGCCAAGCCACAUUUCUUCAGCCUCCUGAAGAAUCUCAAUUGAAUCCAUUUUAAAUUCAGGCUGUAACUCAACAAAAUGUGGAAAAAGUCCAGGGGCACUGUAUAGGGAAAAGGGUGCCAUUUAGGAUGCAGACAGGGGUCUCCGGUUUAGAUGUGGGAUGUAAGCGUGUUGUAAACUUGAAGUGUGUUUUUUUUCUUUUUCUAAUACUAUAAUUUCCAUCCUAUUAUUUCAUACGUUUUGUAUUUUGUUUCUGCUGGUCUCUUUACAGGGAAAGCACCUCCUAACCUUCCUCCUGGAGUGCCUCCUCUGCUGCCCAACCCGUACAUCAUGGCCCCCGGGCUACUGCACGCCUACCCUGUAAGUGGGUCUUUCUAUAAAUAAUGGGGCCAAUGUGUGACAUUGGGAUCAACAUUUUUUAAAUGUUUUGAAACCAAAAUAAAAAUGAUUUAUGUAGUUUCAUAUGUGUGCUUAGAGGAAUAUUUGCAAAUUACCCCAUGACUCCACCUAUACAACUACGUAGGCCUAGGACUAUACAUCCUUUAAGCAGGGUUCAUACAGACAUUGGCAAGCCAAAUUCAAAGAAUUUCAGGGACUAUUUCAAGCACUUAAUUGUACUUUUCAAGGAUCUCAAUGUAAUAUCUCCAGAGUGGCGCAGUGGUCUAAGGGAUCCUGGUUCGAAUCCAGGCUCUGUCGUAGCCGGCCGCGACCGGGAGACCCAUGGGGCGGCGCACAUGGAUGUAGCUCAGUUGGUAGAGCAUGGCGUUUGCAAUGCCAGGGUUGUGGGUUCGAUUCCCACGGGGGACCAGUAUGAAAAAUACAAAAUAUUAUGUAUGCUCUCUCUAACUGUAAGUCGCUCUGGAUAAGAACGUCUGCUAAAUGACUAACAUUUAAAUGUAAAAAUGUAUAAUUUACAGCGCUUUCGGAAAGUAUUCAGACCCCUUGACUUUUUCCACUUUUUUUACAUUACAGCCUUAUUCUAAAAUGGAUUAAAGAAAUAAAAUCCUCAUCAAUCUACACACAAUACCCCAUAAUGACAAAGCGAAAACUGGUUUUUAGAAACUUUAGCUAAAUAAACAAUAUAAAUACUUUAUUUAUAAGUAUUCAGACCCUUUGCUUUGAAACAAGAAAUUGAGCUCAGGUGCAUCCUUUUUCCAUUGUUCAUCCUUGAGAUGUUUCUACAAUUUGAUUGGAGUCCACCUGUGGUAAAUUCAAUUGAUUGGACAUGAUUUGGAAAGGCACACACGUCUAUAUAAGGUCCCACAGUUGACAGUCCAUGUCAGAACAAAAACCAAGCCAUGAGGUCGAAGGAAUUGUCCGUAGAGAUCCGAGACAGGAUUGUGCUUCAACAAAGUACUGAGUAAAUGCUCUGAAUACAGCUCAGUGUUCAACACCUUAGUGCCCACAAAGCUCAGCACUAAGCUAAGGACCCUGGGACUAAAAACCUCCCUCUACAACUGGAUCCUGGACUUCCUGAUGGGCCGCCCCAAGGUGGUAAGGGUAGGCAACAACACAUCUGCCACGCUGAUCCUCAACACGGGGUUCCCGUAGGGGUGUGUGCUUAGUCCCCUCCUGUACUCCUUGUUCACCCACGACUGCGAGGCCAAGCAUGACUCAAACGCCAUCAUUAAGUUUGCUGACGACACAACGGUGGUAGGCCUGAUCACCGACAACGAUGAGACAGCCUAUAGGGCGGAGGUCAGACCUGGCAGUGUGGUGCCAGGACAAAAACCUAUCCUUCAAUGUGAGCAAGACAAAGGAGAUUAUCAUGGACUACAGGAAAAGGGGGGCCGAACACGCCCCCAUUCACAUCGACGGGGCUGUAGUGGUGCGGGUCGAGAGUUUCAAGUUCCUUGGUGUCCACAUCACCAAAAACUAUCAUGGUCCAAACACACCAAGAAAAUCAUGAAGCGGGCACGACAACGCCUUUUUCCCCUCAGGAGACUGAAAAGAUUUGGCAUGAGUCCCCAGAUCCUCAAAGUUCUACAGCUGCACCAUCGAGAGCAUCCUGACCAGUAGCAUCACCGCCUGGUAUGGCAACUGCUCGGCGUCUGACCGUAAGGCGCUACAGAGGGUAGUUCGUAUGGCCCAGUACAUCACUGGGGCCAAGCUUCCUGCCAUCCAGCACCUAUAUACUAGGCGGUGUCAGAGGAAGGCCCAAAAUAUUGUCACUCUCGUCACCCAAGUCAUAGAUUGUUCUCUCUAUUACCGCACGGCAAGCGAUAUUGGAACACCAAGUCUAGGUCCAAAACGCUCCUUAACGGCUUAAAAGGUUCCUUAACAGCUUCUACCCCCAAGCCAUAAGACUGCUGAACAAUUAAUCAAAUGGCCACCCGGAUUUUACACUGUUGCUACUCACUGUUUAUUAUCUAUGCAUAGUCAUUUUACCACUACAUUUACAUUUUAGUCAUUUAGUAGACGCUCUUAUCCAGAGCGACUUACAGGAGCAAUUAGGGUUAAGUGCCUUGCUCAAGGACACGUCGACAGAUUUUUCACCUAUUCGGCUCGAGGAUUAGAACCAGCGACCUUUCGGUUACUAGCACUACGCUCUUAACCACUAAGCUAACUAUCGCACUACCUACAUGUACAAAUUACAUUGACUAACCUCUACCCCCGCACAUUGACUUGGUACCGGUACCCCCUGUAUAUAGCCUCAUUAUUGUUAUGUUAUUGUUACUUUUUUUUAUUUUGUACUUUUAUUUUAUUUAGUAAAUAUUUUCUUAACUGCAUUGUUGGUUAAGGGCUUGUAAGUAAGCAUUUCACGGUAUUUGGCGCAUGUGACAAAUACAGUUUGAUUUGACUUACACUACCGGUCAAAAGUUUUAGAACACCUACUCCUUCAAGGGUUUCUCUUUAUUUUGACUAUUUUCUACAUUGUAGAAUAAUAGUGAAGAUAUCAAAACUAUGAAAUAACACAUAUAGAAUUAUGUAGUAAGUGUUAAACAGAUCAAAAUAUGUUUUAUAUUUGAGAUUCUUCAAAUAGCCACCCUUUGCAUUGAUGACAGCUUUGCACACUCUUGGCAUUCUCUCAACCAGCUUCAUGAGGAAUGCUUUUCCAACAGUCUUGAAGGAGUUCCCACAUAUGCUGAGCACUUGUUGGCUGCUUUUCCUUCACUCUGUGGUCCGACUCAUCCCAAACCAUCUCAAUUUGGUUGAGGUCGGGGGAUUGUGGAGGCCAGGUCAUCUGAUGCAGCACUCCAUCACUCUCCUUCUUGGUCAAAUAGCCCUUACACAGCCUGGAGGUGUGUUGGGUCAUUGUCCUGUUGAAAAACAAAUGAUAGUCCCACUAAGCCCAAACCAGAUGGGAUGGCGUAUCGCUGUGGUAGCCAUGCUGGUUAAGUGUGCCUUGAAUUCUAAAUAAAUCAGUGUCACCAGCAAAGCACCCCCACACCAUAACACCACCACCUCCAUGCUUUACGGUGGGAAAUACACAUGCGGAGAUCAUCCGUUCACCCACACCGCGUCUCACAAAGACACGGUGGUUGGAACCAAAAAUCUCAAAUUUGGACUCCAGACCAAAGGACAAAUUUCCACCGGUCUAAUGUCCAUUGCUUGUGUUUCUUGGCCCAAGUAAGUCUCUUUUUCUUAUUGGUGUCCGUUAGUGGUGGUUUCUUUGCAGCAAUUCGUCCAUGAAGGCCUGAUUUCACACAGUCUCCUCUGAACAGUUGAUGUUGAUGUGUCUGUUUGGGCUGCAAUUUCUGAGACUGGUAACUCUAAUGAACUUAUCCUCUGCAGCAGAGGUAACUCUGGGUCUUCCAUUCCUGUGGCGGUCCUCAUGAGAGCCAGUUUCAUCAUAGCGCUUGAUGGUUUUUGCGACUGCACUUGAAGAAACUUUCAAAGUUCUUGAAAUGUUCCGUAUUGACUGACCUCCACGUCUUAAAGUAAUGAUGAACUGUCGUUUGUCUUUGCUUAUUGGAGCUGUUCUUGCCACAAUAUGGACUUGGUCUUUUCCCAAAUAGGGCUAUCUUCUUUUGCAUUUCAAAGAUGAUGGAACAAAACAAAAAAGAAAACGCAUGUUUUUUUGUUAUUUUUUACCAGAUCUAAUGUGUUAUAUUCUCCAACAUUAAUUUCACAUUUCCACAAACUUCAAAAUGUUUCCUUUCAAGUGGUAUCAAGAAUAUGCACAUCCUUGCUUCAGGUCUUGAGCUACAGGCAGUUAGAUUUUGGUAUGUCAUUUUAGGUAAAAAUUGAAAAAAGGGGUCCGAUCCUUAAGAGGUUAAGAAGGAAAGAAAUUCCACAAAUGAACUUAACAAGGCACACCUGUUAAUUUAAAUGCAUUCCAGGUGACUACCUCAUGAAGCUGGUUGAGAGAAUGCCAAGUGUGCAAAAUUGUCAAGGCAAAGGGUGGCUACUUUGAAGAAUCUCAAAUAUAAAAUAUAUUUUGAUUUGUUUAACACUUUUUUGGGUUACUACAUGAUUCCAUGUGUUAUUUCAUAGUUUUGAUGUCUUCACAGGUUGAAGCCUGCAUUAGAUGUUGUCGUCCUCAUAAUAGCCGCACAUGGUUUUACACUUCAAUUGAAGCAGCGCGAAACAAGCGGAAGUGGCCACAACUCUCUCAAACUGAUCAAAAAUGAAAUCACUGAUAAUUGUAAGGGAGCAGGAGAACUUAUAAAUUGGCUACAAUAGGAAUUUUAAAGCACCAAAUUGAGGAAAUGUCUGAUUUUCAAUGUAGGUCUAUUCCAGUACUUCUGAGCUCCAAAUUCAAGUAGGCUACUUCAAGCCCUUUGUAUUGUUUAAAAUUGCAGGUUUAACAUGGAAACAAAUGAAUUUGUCAUGUUAUUUCAUUACCAGAUCAUAUUGUGAAGAAGCCCACUAGGCUAUGUAAUUUGGUGUCAUUAUAUCCAUAAUAAUUAAAAAGUAUAGCGUUGGGUGUUGCGCCAUAGUCUAUCCUAUAGAAUUGCACACAGUAGACUGUGUCCAAUCCGAGAAACAAAAACAUAUUAAAACAUGAACUCAUUACAUUGAUGCUUUCUUUCUCUGUUAAAUUUCACGAGACCCUGCUGUAAACCAAGCAGACAACAGAUGAUCAACAUCAAUUCACUAGGGAUAUUAGAUCCAACGUGGAUCCAGGCACAACUGUCUUCACCGGUGUAACGAAUGAGAUACUCCAAUACUCUGGACAUUACUUGCGAACACCUUUUUCUCAGCUGUUGCAUCGCAUGUGCCAUCACAACAUCUGUUCGUCAAUUGACUGUCAUUCAUCUGAUCCAGGAAGGAAUUUUCUGAUGUCUGAAAAUAUCAUGGCAUAAUUAAACAGCUCGACACCAAAUGUUCAUCCAACAAGUAUUAUGCAUAAUUAUUGAAGAACCACAUUAAGGACAGUAUCGAUUUAGGUUUUAAGUAUCAAGGUGACUCUUUCGGUUAGAAGCAUUCGAUUUUGCAAUCGCAUACAUUUUGGGGGAUUUGUGUGCCCUUAACUGUUUUCACCCCGUAACAUAAGGAGACACGAAAUGUUACGUAGUUACACUGCAUUUCUGAAAUCUAUACAAAAAACUGUCAGAUGGCUAGAUCCAGGAUUCUUACAUGGUUCAAUUUCUAAUUUAACUGAUUAAUGCUUAAUAUACAAUAUAAUGACAACUUACACUGCCAUGAAUGCAAUGAUAGAAAAGUAAUGUUUUAUGUCAUACGAUUUUGGACAAAUCCGUCAAGAACCCAACCAUGAAAGAGUUAAACAGGUUUUAAAUAAACUUGUGAAUUUUAUUGAAUAUACAGUGAGGGAAAAAAGUAUUUGAUCCCCUGCUGAUUUUGUACAUUUGCCCACUGACAAAGAAAUGAUCAGUCUAUAAUUUUAAUUGUAGGUUUAUUUGAACAGUGAGAGACAGAAUUACAAAAAAGAAAUCCAGAAAAAUGCAUGUAAAAAAUGUUAUGAAUUGAUUUGCAUUUUAAUGAGUGAAAUAAGUAUUUGACCCCCUCUCAAUCAGAAAGAUGUCUGGCUCCCAGGUGUCUUUUAUACAGUUAACGAGCUGAGAUUAGGAGCACACUCUUAAAGGGAGUGCUCGUAAUCUCAGCUUGUUAUCUGUAUAAAAGACACCUGUCCACAGAAGCAAUCAAUCAAUCAGAUUCCAAACUCUCCACCAUGGCCAAGACCAAAGAGCUCUCCAAGGAUGUCAGGGACAAGAUUGUAGACCUACACAAGGCUGGAAUGGGCUACAAGACCAUCGCCAAGCAGCUUGGUGAGAAGGUGACAACAGUUGGUGCGAUUAUUCGCAAAUGGAAGAAACACAAAUUAACUGUCAAUCUCCCUCGGCCUGGGGCUCCAUGCAAGAUCUCACCUCGCAGAGUUGCAAUGAUCAUGAGAACGGUGAGGAAUCAGCCCAGAACUACACGGGAAGAUCUUGCCAAUGAUCUCAAGGCAGCUGGGACCAUAGUCACCAAGAAAACAAUUGGUAACACACUACGCCGUGAAGGACUGAAAUCCUGCAGCGCCCGCAAGGUCCCCCUGCUCAAGAAAGCACAUAUACAGGGCCGUCUGAAGUUUGGCAUCAACUCAACUCGCCGUGUUUGGAGGAGGAGGAAUGCUGCCUAUGACCCCAAGAACACCAUCCCCACCGUCAAACAUGGAGGUGGAAACAUUAUGCUUUGGGGGUGUUUUUCUGCUAAGGGGACAGGACAACUUCACCACAUCAAAGGGACGAUGGACGGGGCCAUGUACCAUCAAAUCUUGGGUGAGAACCUCAUUCCCUCAGCCAGGGCAUUGAAAAUGGGUCAUGGAUGGGUAUUCCAGCAUGACAAUGACCCAAAACACACGGCCAAGGCAACAAAGGAGUGGCUCAAGAAGAAGCACAUUAAGGUCCUGGAGUGGCCUAGACAGUCUCCAGACCUUAAUCCCAUAGAACAUCUGUGGAGGGAGCUGAAUGUUCGAGUUGCCAAACGUCAGCCUCGAAACCUUAAUGACUUGGAGAAGAUCUGCAAAGAGGAGUGGGACAAAAUCCCUCCUGAGAUGUAUGCAAACCUGGUGGCCAACUACAAGAAACGUCUGACCUCUGAUUGCCAACCAUGGUUUUGCCACCAAGUACUAAGUAAUGUUUUGCAGAGGGGUCAAAUACUUCCCUCAUUAAAAUGCUAAUCAAUUUAUAACAUUUUUGACAUGCGUUUUUCUGGAUUUUUUUGUUGUUAUUCUGUCUUUCACUGUUCAAAUAAACCUACCAUUAAAAUUAUAGACUGAUCAUGUCUUUGUCAGUGGGCAAACGUACAAAAUCAGCAGGGGAUCCAAUACUUUUUUCGCUCACUGGAGCUAUGUUCCCCUUAUAUCUUAAUUUAAUGACAUGACACAAAUUGGCAGAUUAUUAUCAAUGAUUUAUCAACAGCUGUAAUAAACAGCAUAGGAAAUCCUCACUGGAACUCUAGUUUAUAGGAAGACCUAAGUACUCCUCACUGUCUCUGUCAACUAAACCUGCCUUUAGGUCAUGGAAAUCAUGAAGUCUUAUCUGUAUGUGACUGACUGCCUAUAUCUGGGCAUAUCGUUCAAUAUUCCGAUUUUUACAGUUUAUAAAAGAUGCGAUUUAGUGCUUCAUAAUUGUAUACUGCAAUUAGAGAAAAAUUGCGAAAGUUUUUUUAAUUCUUUGUCUUGUCUCACCGCCUUGUGCCCCUCAGCCUCAGGUGUACGGCUAUGAUGACCUACAGAUGCUCCAGACAAGAAUACCACUGGUGAGUAAGUUAUCUGGAUCUAACCCAUCCAUGUGUGGACUGGCCAAAUAUGACUUCUGGUAUUUACUAUUAACUCUAGCAACAGUUGCAAACUGUUUUUUAAAGAAGGGAACAACUGGCUGUCUUGCCAAACUGUUCUUGGAACCCUCAUUUCUUUCCAGGAACUUUGCUAUGUAGCGAUUGAAUGAAACGGGAUAUAGUCUGAUAGUCCUUUCGUACUAGUUAAAACUAAGCCUCUUCUGUCUUCUCAGGAUUACUACAGCAUCCCGUUUGCCACCCCCAACACAGCACUGACUGGCAGAGAUGGCAGCUUGAGCAACAACCCUUACUCUGGUAAGCGCCAUUCUAACCCCCAUCUAUGGUGUACAACUAACUCUACUUUCCUAAUCUAUGGACUGUGUACUGAGUGCUAACACAGUGAAGGGAGGGGUUUGGUGUUAGGAACGAACACAACAGUUGAUCCUGUCCUGCGUCUCCAUGGCGAAACAGGGGGACAGUGGUGUGCUAGAACAAUGUGCAGCUACCACCAGAUAGUCAGACCUUCAUCGCUGUGACUGACUGGAACUGAUACGCUGCUACAACGUUAUUGUACUGGUGUACUAACUGAUCUGAGAAUCACCCGCCUGUUGCUUGAACACAACGGAAGUUAUUCUGUAACUUUUUCCUCUCUCGUCUCUCUCCCACUCAUCCCCCUUUCACACAUUUCCCUUUGCCUUUAAUCUCUCUCCCCCGUUCCCCGCAGGUGACUUAUCAAAGUUUGGUCGAGGUGACGCGUCAUCCCCGGCGCCGGCCACCACAUUGGCCCAGCAGUCGCAGCAGAACCAGAGCCAGACGCACCACACCACGCAGCAGCCCUUCCUGAACCCCGCACUGCCCCCUGGCUACAGCUACACCAGCCUGCCCUACUACACCGGCGUGCCGGGCCUGCCCAACACCUUCCAGUACGGCCCCGCCAUGUUCCCGGUGAGGUUUCUCAUGAUUUGUCUGGGUAUUGUCAAUUUUGGAUGUUUUUAUGAAGUUAACAAGGGUAUGUUCUCGUGAUGCAUGUACAAAUGCAUUUUGUAAUAUGACAUGCAAACUGUAAUUUAUAACUGGACACAUGUAUUACAAACAGUUUUUUGGCAAAAUGUCCUCUAAUGCAGCUUCAAUUGAGAGAAUCCAGUAUGCUGUAAAAGGAAUUGAAAUGACGUGUUAGCAGCUGAUAUUUUAUAUACUUUAGACAACUAAGUAUGUUAGUUUGACCUCUAACCUGUCUGUGUUUCCAGGUGGCUCCUACCUCGUCGAAGCAGCACGGUGUGAAUGUUGGAGUCAACGCCUCGGCAACAGCCUUCCAGCAGGCCAGCGGCUACGGUUCCCAUGGUUACAACACUGGUAAGACUAAACACACACCCUGAGGACACAACCUGUGAACCAGCAUCUGUUCAGGGGUCAUUCAGUUCAACUCUGUACAUACUGGUAGAAUGGCUAUAAACACUGCAUGCAACUGAAAGUCAGUUUAGUCGACACUGCCUGCAUUCACUUUUAUAUUUAAUAAGCCUCUCACGUUCAAAGGUUUGUUGGGUUUGAAUGCAACUCAUUUCAGUUACACCAAGUUGGAGACAUUAACAUUUGCCUGUGCCUAAGCCAGCUAAGGCUGACAUUGCCCACAUUACCGGUCUACAUCAACCGCUCUUCAACAUGGUUAGUGAAUGAAACGGCACAAACUCCAACCAUUCUAAUCAGGCAUGCAUAGCCACAGCCACUGAUGUUGUUGACCAGCUGUUAUGGAGCGGUUUCUGUUGCUUGGAGACAAACUGCCUGCUGCCGUUGUUACCAACAAACCAUUCUAACCAACCAACCCUGUGCGCUGUCUGAUUAUGGGCCAGCUAUUCAUGGGUUGCACCUCCGCCACUCGGUCGCGUUGUUGCCAACGUUCCACAGAUGCUGCAGCCAUAUUGAUGGUCAAAUGUAGAACUGGGGCUAAUGACUUGGAACCGGGGCUAAUGACUGUCAUCUAAAUUACACUAUAGGGGCUUGGAAAUAAAAUGACAUUGCUAAAGUUGGCACAUAUUUAGUAGGAAACAACUUUGCCAUGUCAAAUUUACUUUAGACAGAUGGCAAUGUUAUUAGCUAGCAAUGCUAAUGUUAGCUAGCUGAAAUCUGGAGGUCUCCCCUCAAUCUUAAAUAGCUAGCUUUUUUUAUAUUUUUAUUUAACCUUUAUUUAACCAGGUAAGCCAGUUGAGAACAAGUUCUCAUUUACAACUGCGACCUGGCCAAGAUAAAGCAUAGCAGUGCGAUUAAAAACAACAACACAGAGUUACAUAUGGGGUAAAAAAACAUAAAGUAAAAAAAUACAACAGAAAAUAUAUAUACAGUGUGUGCAAAUGUAGCAAGUUAUGGAGGUAAGGCAAUAAAUAGGCUAUAGUGCAAAAUAAUUACAAUUAGUAUUAACACUGGAAUGCUAGAUGUGCAAGAGAUUAUGUGCAAAUAGAGAUACUGGGGUGCAAAAGAGCAAAAUAAAUAACAAUAUAGGGAUGACGUAGUUGGGUGGGCUAAUUUCAGAUGGGCUGUGUACAGGUGCAGUGAUCGGUAAGGUGCUCUGACAACUGAUGCUUAAAGUUAGUGAGGGAGAUAAGUGUCUCCAGCUUCAGAGAUUUUUGCAAUUCGUUCCAGUCAUUGGCAGCAGAGAACUGGAAGGAAUGGCGGCCAAAGGAGGUGUUGGCUUUGGGAAUGACCAGUGAGAUAUACCUGCUGGAGCGCAGACUACGGGUGGGUGCUGCUAUGGUGACCAAUGAGCUAAGAUAACGUUAUACUGCAUCUAAUGUCAAUCUGGCGACUUCAAAAUGAUACGAUUUGUGCACUAUUUAUUUGCCUUUAGAAAUGUCAUCGUGUUUUCAAGCCACAGUAAUGCACUUUAGACAAUCUUCAUCAGCGCCCAAUGAGGAUGCAUUGAGUAGAAUGCUCCGAUCAAAUCAAAUGUAUUGGUCACUUACACAUGGUUAGCAGAUGUUAUUGCGAGUGUAGCAAAAUGCUUGUGCUUCUAGUUCCGACAGUGCAGUAAUAUCUAGCAAGUAAUAUCUAACAGUUCCACAACAAAUAUCUAAUACACUUAAAUCUAAGUAAAGGAAUGGAAUAAGAAUAUAUAAAUAUAAGGAUGAGCAAUGUCAUUGUCAGAGCAGCAUAGGCUAAGACGCAAUAGAUAGUAUAGAAUACAGUAUAUACAGUCGUGGUCAAAUGUUUUGAGAAUGACACAAGUAUUGGUCUUCACAAAGUUCGCUGCUUCAGUGUUUUUAGAUACUUUUGUCAGAUGUUACUAUGGUAUACUGAAGUAUAAUUACAAGCAUUCCAUACAGUGAGGGGGAAAAAGUAUUUGAUCCUCUGCUGAUUUUGUACGUUUGCCCACUGACAAAGAAAUGAUCAGUCUAUAAUUGUAAUGGUAGGUUUAUUUGAACAGUGAGAGACAGAAUAACAACAAAAAAAUCCAGAAAAACGCAUGUCAAAAAUGUUAUAAAUUGAUUUGCAUUUUAAUGACGGAAAUAAGUAUUUGACCCCCUCUCAAUCAGAAAGAUUUCUGUCUCCCAGGUGUCUUUUAUACAGGUAAUGAGCUGAGAUUAGGAGCACACUCUUAAAGGGAGUGCUCCUAAUCUCAGCUUGUUACCUAUAUAAAAGACACCUGUCCACAGAAGCAAUCAGAUUCCAAACUCUCCACCAUGGCCAAGACCAAAGAGCUCUCCAAGGAUGUCGGGACAAGAUUGUAGACCUACACAAGGCUUGAAUGGGCUACAAGACCAUCGCCAAGCAGCUUGGUGAGAAGGUGACAACAGUUGGUGCGAUUAUUCGCAAAUGGAAGAAACACAAAAUAACUGUCAAUCUCCCUCGGCCUGGGGCUCCAUGCAAGAUCUCACCUCGUGGAGUUGCAAUAAUCAUGAGAACGGUGAGGAAUCAGCCCAGAACUACACGGGAGGAUCUUGUCAAUGAUCUCAAGGCAGCUGGGACCAUAGUCACCAAGAAAACAAUUGGUAACACACUACGCUGUGAAGGAUUGAAAUCCUGCAGCGCCCGCAAGGUCCCCCUGCUCAAGAAAGCACAUAUACAGGCCCGUCUGAAGUUUUCCAAUGAACAUCUGAAUGAUUCAGAGGAGAACUGGGUGAAAGUGUUGUGGUCAGAUGAGACCAAAAUCGAGCUCUUUGGCAUCAACUCAACUCGCCGUGUUUGGAGGCGGAGGAAUGCUGCCUAUGACCCCAAGAACACCAUCCCCACCGUCAAACAUGGAGGUGGAAACAUGCUUUGGGGGUGUUUUUCUGCUAAGGGGACAGAACAACUUCACCGCAUCAAAGGGACGAUGGACAGGGCCAUGUACCGUCAAAUCUUGGGUGAGAACCUCCUUCCCUCAGCCAGGGCAUUGAAAAUGGGUCAUGGAUGGGUAUUCCAGCAUGACAAUGACCCAAAACACACGGCCAAGGCAACAAAGGAGUGGCUCAAGAAGAAGCACAUUAAGGUCCUGGAGUGGCCUAGCCAGUCCAGACCUUAAUCCCAUAGAACAUCUGUGGAGGGAGCUGAAGGUUCGAGUUGCCAAACGUCAGCCUCGAAACCUUAAUGACUUGGAGAGGAUCUGCAAAGAGGAGUGGGACAAAAUCCCUGCUGAGAUGUUGGCCACCAGGUUUGCACACUGCAAGAAACGUCUGACAUCUGUGAUUGCCAACAAGGGUUUUGCCACCAAGUACUAACAUGUCAUGUUUUGCAGAGGAGUCAAAUACUAAUUUCCCUCAUUAAAAUGCAAAUCAAUUUAUAACAUUUUUGACAUGCGUUUUUCUGGAUUGUGUUGUUAUUCUGUCUCUCACUGUUCAAAUAAACCUACCAUUAAAAUUAUAGACUGAUCAUGACUUUGUCAGUGGGCGAACAUCAAACAUCAAAUACUUUUUUCCCUCACUGUAAGUGUCAAAGGCUUUUAUUGACAAUUACAUGAAGUUUAUGCAAAGAGUCAAUAUUUGCAUUGUUGACCCUUCUUUUUCAAGACCUCUGCAAUCCACCCUGGCAUGCUGUCAAUUAACUUAUUGGCCACAUCCUGACUGAUGGCAGCCCAUUCUUGCAUAAUCAAUGCUUUGAGUUUUGUCCGAAUUUGUGGGUUUUUGUUUGUCCACCCGCCUCUUGAGGAUCGGCCACAAGUUCUCAAUGGGAUUAAGGUCUGGGGAGUUUCCUGGCCAUGGACCCAAAAUGGUGUCUUGUUCCCCGAGCCACUUAGUUAUCACUUUUGCCUUAUGGCAAGGUGCUCCAUCAUGCUGGAAAAGGCAUUUGUCGUCACCAAACUGUUCUUGGAUGGUUGGGAGAAGUUGCUCUCAGAGGAUGUGUUGGUACCAUUCUUCGUUCAUGGCUGUGUUCUUAGGCAAAAUUGUGAGUGAGCCCACUCCCUUGGCUGAGAAGCAACCCCACACAUGAAUGGUCUCAGGAUGCUUUACUCUUGGCAGCGCUCACCUUGUCUUCUCCGGACAAGGUGUUUUCCGGAUGCCCCAAACAAUCGGAAAGGGGAUUCAUCAGAGAAAAUGACUUUACCCCAGUCCUCAGCAGUCCAAUCCCUGUACCUUUUGGAGAAUAUCAGUCUGUCCCUGAUGUCAAAGUGGCUUCUUUGCUGCCCUUCUUGACACCAGGUCAUCCUCCAAAAGUCUUCGCCUCACUGUGCGUGCAGAUGCACUCACACCUGCCUGCUGCCAUUCCUGAGCAAGCUCUGCGCUGGUGGUGCCCCGAUCCCGCAGCUGAAUUAACUUUAGGAGAUGGUCCUGGUGCUUGCUGGACUUUCUUGGGCGCCCUGACGCCUUCUUCACAACAAUUGAACUUCUCUCCUUGAAGUUCUUGAUGAUCCGAUAAAUGGUUGAUUUAGGUGCAAUCUUACUAGCAGCAAUAUCCUUGCCUGUGAAGCCCUUUUUUGUGCAAAGCAAUGAUGACUGCACGUAUUUCCUUGCAGGUAACCAUGGUUAACAGAGGAAGAACAAUGAUUUAUAAAUAAUUAAAUAAUUAGUCAUUUAGCAGACGCUCUUAUCCAGAGCGACUUACAGGAGCAAUUAGGGUUAAGUGCCCUGCUCAAGGGCACAUCGACAGAUUUUUCACCUAGUUGGCUCGGGGAUUAGAACCAGCGACCUUUCGGUUACUGGCACAACGCUCUUAACCACUAAGCUACCCACCGCUAAGCUACAAGCACCACCCUCCUUUUAAAACUUCCAGUCUGUUAUUCUAACUCAAUCAGCAUGACAGUGCUCUCUAGCCCUGUCCUCAUCAACACUCUCACCUGUGUUAACGAGAGAAUCACUGACAUGAUGGCAGCUGGUCCUUUUGUGGCAGGGCUGAAAUGCAUUGGAAAUGUUUUUUUGGGAUGAAGUUCAUGUUCAUGGCAAAGAGGGACUUUGCAAUUAAUUGCAAUUCAACUGAUCACUCUUCAUGACAUUCUGGAGUAUAUGCAAAUUGCAAUCAUCAUAACUGAGGCAUCAGAGUUUGUGAAAAUUAGUAUUUGUGUCAUUCUCAAAACUUGACCACGAUAUGAGAUGGGUAAUGCAAGAUAUGUAAACAUUAUUAAAGUGACUAGUGUUCCAUUUAUUAAAGUGGCCAGUGAUGUUCAAGUCUGUAUGUAAGCAGCAGCGCCUCUGUGCUUGUGAUGGCUGUUUAACAGUCUGAUGGCCUUGAGAUAGAAGCUGUUUUUCAGUCUCUCGGUCCCAGCUUUGAUGCACCUGUACUGACCUCGCCUUCUGGAUGAUAGCGGGGUGAACAGGCAGUGGCUUGGUUGGUAGUUGUCCUUGAUUAUCUUUUUGGCCUUCCUGUGACGUCGGGUGCUGUAGGUGUCCUGGAGGGCAGGUAGUUUGCCCUCGGUGAUGCGUUGUGCAGACCGCACCACCCUCUGGAGAGCCCUGCGGUUCUGGGCGGUGCAGUUGCUGUACCAGGCGGUGAUACAGCCCAACAGGAUGCGCUCAAUUGUGUAUCUGUAAAAGUUUGAGGGUUUUAGAUGACAGGCCAAAUUUCUUCAGCCUCCUGAGGUUGAGGAGACGCUGUUGCGCCUUCUUCACCACACUGUCUGUGUGGGUGGACCAUUUCAGUUUGUCAGUGAUAUGUACCCCAAGGAACUUAACUUUCCACCUUCUCCACUGCUGUCCCAUCGAUGUGGAUAGGAGGGUACUCCCUCUGCUGUUUCCAGAAGUCCACGAUCAUCUCCUAUGUUUUGUUGACGUUGAGUGAGAUGUUAUUUUCCUGACGCCACACUCCGACAGCCCUCACCUCCUCCCUGUAGACUGUCUCAUCGUUGUUGGUAAUCAAGCCCAUUACUGUUGUCGUCUGCAAACUUGAUGAUUUGAGUUGGAGGCGUGCAUGGCUAUGCAGUCAUGGGUGAACAGGGAGUACAGGAGGGGGCUGAGCACACAUCCUUGUGGGGCCCCAGUGUAGAGGAUCAGUGAAGUGGAGAUGUUGUUUCCUACCUUCACCACCUGGGGGCGGCCCGUCAGGAAGUCCAGGACCCAAUUGCACAGGGCGGGGUUGAAACCCAGGGCCUCAAGCUUAAUGAUGAGCAUGGAGGGUACUAUGGUGUUGAAUGCUGAGCUAUAGUCAAUGAACAGCAUUCUUACAUAGGUAUUCCUCUUGUCCAGAUGGGAUAGAGCAGUGUGCAGUGUGAUGGCGAUUGCAUCGUCUGUGGACCUAUUGGGGCGGUAAGCAAAUUGAAGUGGGUCUAGGAUGACAGGUAAGGUGGAGGUGAUAUGAUCCUUGACUAGUCUCUCAAAGCACUUCAUGAUGACAGAAGUGAGUGCUAUGGGGCGAUAGUCAUUUAGUUCAGUUACUUUUGCAUUCUAGGGUACAGGAACAAUGGUGGCCAUCUUGAAGCAUGUGGGGACAGCAGACUGGGAUAGGUAGAGAUUGAAUAUGUCCUUAAACACACCAGCCAGCUGGUCUGCGCGUGCUCUGAGGACGCUGCUAUGAAUGCAGUCUGGGUCAGUAGCCUUGCGAGGGUUAACACGUUUAAAUGUCUUACGUCGGCCACAGAGAAGGAGAGCCCACUGUUCAUGGUAGCUUGCCGCGUCGGUGGCACUGUGUUAUCCUCAAAGCGGGCAAAGAACUUGUUUAGCUUGUCUGGCAGCAAGACGUCGGUGUCCGCGACGUGGCUGGUUUUCCUAUUGUAGUCCGUGAUUGUCUGUAAACCCUGCCACAUACGUCUCGUGUCUUAGCCGUUGAAUUGCGACUCCACUUUGGUCUCGAUAUUGACGUUUUGCCUGUUUGAUUGCCUUGCGGAGGGAACGACCACUUUGUUUGUAUUCUGCCAUAUUCCCCGUCACCUUGCCAUGGUUAAAUGCUGUGGUUCGUGAUUUCAGUUUUUCACGAAUGUUGCCAUCUAUCCACGGUUUCUGUUUAUGUUAGGUUUUAAUAGUCAGUGGGUACGACAUCUCCUCUACACUUCCUUAUAAACCCACUCACUGAAUCAGCGUAUACGUCUAUAUUAUUCUUAGAGGCUACCCGGAACAUAUCCCAGUCCGCGUGAUCAAAACAAUCUUGAAGCGUGGAUUCCGAUUGGUCAGACCAGCGUUGAAUAGUCCUUAGCAUGGGUGCUUCCUGUUUGAGUUUCUGCCUAAUAGGAAGGGAGGAGCAAAAUGGAGUCGUGGUCAGGUUUGCCGAAAGGAGGUCAGGGGAGGGCCUUGUAUGCAUAGCAGAAAUUAGUGUAGCAGUGAUCCAGUGUAUUUCCAGCGCGAGCGCUACAGUCAAAAUGCUAAUAGAAUUUAGGUAGCCUUUUUCUCAAAUUUGCUUCGUUAAAAUCCCCAGCUACAAUAAAUGCAGCCUCAAGAUACAGUGGGGAAAAAAGUAUUUAGUCAGCCACCAAUUGUGCAAGUUCUCCCACUUAAAAAGAUGAGAGAGGCCUGUAAUUUUCAUCAUAGGUACACGUCAACUAUGACAGACAAAAUUAGAAAAGAAAUUCCAGAAAAUCACAUUGUAGGAUUUUUAAUGAAUUUAUUUGCAAAUUAUGGUGGAAAAUAAGUAUUUGGUCAAUAACAAAAAAGUUUCUCAAUACUUUGUUAUAUACCCUUUGUUGGCAAUGACACAGGUCAAACGUUUUCUGUAAGUCUUCACAAGGUUUUCACACACUGUUGCUGGUAUUUUGGCCCAUUCCUCCAUGCAGAUCUCCUCUAGAGCAGUGAUGUUUUGGGGCUGUCGCUGGGCAACACGGAUUUUCAUCUCCCUCCAAAGAUUUUCUAUGGGGUUGAGAUCUGGAGACCGGCUAGGCCACUCCAGGACCUUGAAAUGCUUCUUACGAAGCCACUCCUUCGUUGCCCGGGCGGUGUGUUUGGGAUCAUUGUCAUGCUGAAAGACCCAGCCACGUUUCAUCUUCAAUGCCCUUGCUGAUGGAAGGAGGUUUUCACUCAAAAUCUCACGAUACAUGGCCCCAUUCAUUCUUUCCUUUACACGGAUCAGUCGUCCUGGUCCCUUUGCAGAAAAACAGCCCCAAAGCAUGAUGUUUCCACCCCCAUGCUUCACAGUAGGUAUGGUGUUCUUUGGAUGCAACUCAGCAUUCUUUGUACUCCAAACACGACGAGUUGAGUUUUUACCAAAAAGUUAUAUUUUGGUUUCAUCUGACCAUAUGACAUUCUCCCAAUCCUCUUCUGGAUCAUCCAAAUGCACUCUAGCAAACUUCAGACGGGCCUGGACAUGUACUGGCUUAAGCAGGGGGACACAGCAGGAUUUGAGUCCCUGGCGGCGUAGUGUGUUACUGAUGGUAGGCUUUGUUACUUUGGUCCCAGCUCUCUGCAGGUCAUUCACUAGGUCCCCCCGUGUGGUUCUGGGAUUUUUGCUCACCGUUCUUGUGAUCAUUUUGACCCCACGGGGUGAGAUCUUGCGUGGAGCCCCAGAUCGAGGGAGAUUAUCAGUGGUGUUGUAUGUCUUCCAUUUCCUAAUAAUUGCUCCCACAGUUGAUUUCUUCAAACCAAGCUGCUUACCUAUUGCAGAUUCAGUCUUCCCAGCCUGGUGCAGGUCUACAAUUUUGUUUCUGGUGUCCUUUGACAGCUCUUUGGUCUUGGCCAUAGUGGAGUUUGGAGUGUGACUGUUUGAGGUUGUGGACAGGUGUAUUUUAUACUGAUAACAAGUUCAAACAGGUGCCAUUAAUACAGGAAACGAGGGGAGGACAGAGGAGCCUCUUAAAGAAGAAGUUACAGGUCUGUGAGAGCCAGAAAUCUUGCUUGUUUGUAGGUGACCAAAUACUUAUUUUCCACCAUAAUUUGCAUAUAAAUUCAUUAAAAAUCAUACAAUGUGAUUUUCUGGAUUUUUUUUUCUCAAUUUGUCUGUCAUAGUUGACGUGUACCUAUGAUGAAAAUUACAGGCAUCUCUCAUCUUUUUAAGUGGGAGAACUUGCACAAUUGGUGGCUGACUAAAUACUUUUUUCCCCCACUGUAUAUGGUUUCCUGUUUGCAUAAAGUCCAGUGAAGUUCCUUGAGGGCCGUCGUGGUAUCAGCUUGAGGGGGGAUAUACAUGGCUGUAACGAUAACCAAAGAGAAUUCUCUUGCGAGAUAAUACAGUCGGCAUUUGAUUGUGAGGAAUUCUAGGUCAGGUGAACAAAAUGACUUGAGUUCCUGUAUGUUGUUACAAUUACACCAUGAGUCAUUAAUCAUGAAACAAACCCCUCCUUCUUCCCGGAGAGAUGUUUAUUCCUGUCGGCGCAAUGUACUGAGAACCCAGAUGGCUGUAUGGGACGGGGACAGUAUAUCCCGAGAGAGCCAUGUUUCCGUGAAACAGAGUAUGUUACAAUCCCUGAUGUCUCUCUGGAAAGCAACCCUUGCCCUGAUCUCGUCCAUUUUGUUAUCUAGGGACUGGACAUUAGCGAGUAAUAUACUUGGAAGUGAUGGGCGGUGUGCACGCCUCUUAAGUCUGAGUAGAAGACUUAGGAGGCAUCAGUCUUAAAACAAACGUUUAAAACAAUAUUGUAGCGCAACGUGCAACCCAUGAAUAGAGUGAUCUGGGCCCAAUAUAGAUUAUUCGUUUGAGGUUUGUGAUUUUACUUUUAUAAAAAAUGUUUACACGGUUUGUGUGUUUGUGAAGACUUGUCUGAAAUGGGAGUGGAAAUGGUAGUUGUAUUAUUCUGCAACUUUCACCAUUCUUUUGAAUGGGGAAGGAUAUCUAUUUCACCCUUUGUACCUUUUGUUAGUCCAGUAAUUUGUUCUAUUUUAGUUGUUUUGGACUGGAAAAGUGGUCUGUAUCGAUGUCCCAUGGCCCUCCUACUACAUGUAUUACAGGGGAGUAAGGUGGUGGGUGUUCUGUUGCUAUUGCCUAUCAUUGCUGGCUUCUGCUCAUUCAACAAGUGGAGUUGGGCUUCCGGUUACACCCUCCACCCCAUCCCACAUGAGGUCAUCUUAAAACCUGUUUCUCUCCCUCGCUCUGUGUCUCCACCUCUGUCCUUCAGUUUUCUUUCUUUCUUUCUCUCUCUCUCUAUCCACCUGGUCACACAGCACCUCUUAUCUACACCACCUACUGCUUCCUGCCUCCACCGCCCACCCCUCCCUCCCCCUGCCUGACACCCACACCCUAACCCUGCUUGGUGUGUCUAACGCUGUGGGCUGCGGCUGUGUGUCUGACUGUUGCAGGCUAUGA